CACCAGCCUAACCUCACAUACACAGGCAUGGGAAGACAGGACUCAGCUCUACAUUGAUGCAGUGAGUGUUGGUGGGAGGUCCCUUAUGAAGUAUUUUACAGAGCUGCACCUCCUUCUCUGAACUAUGUUUGGGAGCCAGGAUGCAGGACAUGGUGAGACUGGCACAGGAACAGGUCCUAAAUACUGAGAGAGGGCUCAUACUGAACCUGGCAGGAGCAGAGAGGUAAAGGACCACAGAGAGGGGAAACCCUCACACUGCAGCAAAUGGUAAGGAUAUUGACUGUGCUGUUAGCCCUGUUAGAGAGCAUGGGAAGGUUACUGAGAGGGAUGCAGUGUGGGAUACAGGAUACUGCAUGGAACACACUGAUAAUGGGCUCCAAGAAGACAACUUGGGCAGUGCUGGUGUGGGAGUAAUGGCACAGAUCAGACUAAAACAAAAACAGGAUGGAACAGUGCCAGGGAUGUGAGAAACUCUGGUUUAUGAUGUGUUUUAUUAAGGGAUUAAAGAAAUAAACACAUUAUUAUUAUUAUUAUGUUGACACAUUGUAUAUAUGUAGUUUCAUGAUUUAAAUUCAGAUUUACUGUUAUAUAAAUAACAGAGCAGAAAUGGGCAGUUUACCAUUUACAUCUGAGUUCAGGUUCUGCAAAAUGAACAGUGCAGUUCUGAGCAUUUAACAUGGGUUUGUGUCGUCCAAUAGCUAUUGAUACCUCUAAUACUAAUUUGUUGAAAUAAAAAAACAUCCCAUGUGAGGAGACGUAAGUUUUAGCAAAUCUUUGAGUCAGUUUAGUAAAAUUUGUGAGUACAGAAAGAUUUAUUUAUGAAAUACAGUGAUUGUGGUGAUUGUCAGCUCUUCUUGCAAUGCUCUGCAGUAUACAGAGAGGCUAUAAUUUAAUCUGUAGUUAGAAGCCUGCAUUGACUCCUAGCUCAUGUCUCAUGUUUCUGUCAGAUUGCAUGUUGGCAUCUCUGGGAUCAAAUUCUAAAAGAACAAUAUUAAAAUGACUUUGCCAUACUUGGCAUUGGCUGAACAUAAUGUUUAUAUAUUAGUUUGCAUUUAUACUGAGUGUAUUGAUGGGUUGCGGUUGCAUACAUUUCAAAUGGGAAAAUCCAUGAUAUUUUUUUGAUUAAAGUUUUUACUUAGUUGAUCAAAUAGAUAUCACACAUGGACAUGCAUAAAUACAAGCAAUCCAUCCAUUUAAAAUACUAAAGUAAUCCUAAUCUAGCACAUCACUCUAGCCAGGAAGUUCCUGGACCAGUUAAAUGAACACUAUAGUGCUAGGAAUACAAAGCUGUAUUCUUCACACUGUAGUGUCCAUUUGACCCAUCUGCCUUGCUCUCCCCCCCACCACCCACAUCACCACCACUGCAGUUAAAGAUUUAAACAUCCCCGCCUCCUCCAACAUCAUUGCGAGCAAGAAUUUAGCGAGCGUGCGUGUGUGCAUGGUGAGAGCUGCACAUGCAUUAGGCCUUCCCCAAAGAAAAACACUGACACAAUGCUUUCCUAUUAGGAUUUUGAAGUCGCUUGACGUCCUCAUGCAAAGCGUGAUUCUAAUUCAAAGUGAUUCUAUUGGUUGUCAUGUAGACAGACACUGGUAGACAGACACUAGAGGCAGUCUUAACACUGCAAUGUGAGUAAUGUUUUACAUUGCAGUGUAAAAGGGGACAGGGACACUGCACCCAAACCACUUCAAUGAGAUGAUGUUGUCUGGGUGCCUAUAGCGUCCCUUUAAUGCAAAGACAUGGGUAAAUGUAACUUUCACCUGCCCGAGAUACAGAGUAUUGCAGGCAUCGCAGGUAAGAAUUAAGCAACAUUUCACAGAGUACAGGUUUGAAUUGUCAUGUAUUCAAAGUGAAUUUCAUAUUUAAAGGACAACUGUCAUCAAAUUUUCACAUUUAGAUUUUUAAAAGUUUAUUAUAGCAAAAUAAACUUAUUUCUAUUUUUAAGGAUGUAUGUUGAUUUAUUCUUUUAGAAAAUGUCACUUUUUUCUAUCUAGCUGAGCAGCCAUGUUGGGUCUGAUUCUGCUCAACCUAGCGUGCCUGUUCCUGAAGUUUCACACAAAGUGAUCACAGCAGCAGGCAAGCUAGGCUGGUAAGAAAACAGUAGACGAGUCUGACUCAGUAUGCCAGCUCAGGAAAAUAACAAAGUGACAUUUUUCCCCAGAAUAUCAAUAUACAUAAUUUUUAAAAUAGAAACAUAAAAACAUAGAAUGUGACGGCAGAUAAGAACCAUUCGGCCCAUCUAGUCUGCCCAAUUUUCUAAAUACUUUCAUUAGUCCCUGGCCUUAUCUUAUAGUUAGGAUAGCCUUAUGCCUAUCCCACGCAUGCUUAAACUCCUUUACUGUGUUAACCUCUACCACUUCAGCUGGAAGGCUAUCCCAUGCAUCCACUACCCUCUCAGUAAAGUAAUACUUCCUGAUAUUAUUUUUAAACCUUUGUCCCUCUAAUUUAAGACUAUGUCCUCUUGUUGUGGUAGUUUUUUCUUUUAAAUAUAGUCUCCUCCUUUACUGUGUUGAUUCCCUUUAUAUAUUUAAAUGUUUCUAUCAUAUCCCCCCUGUCUCGUCUUUCCUCCAAGCUAUACAUGUUAAGAUCCUUUAACCUUUCCUGGUAAGUUUUAUCCCGCAAUCCAUGAACCAGUUUAGUAGCCCUUCUCUGAACCCUCUCUAAGGUAUCAAUAUCCUUCUGAAGAUACGGUCUCCAGUACUGUGUACAAUACUCCAAGUGAGGUCUCACCAGUGUUCUGUACAAUGGCAUGAGCACUUCCCUCUUUCUACUGCUAAUACCUCUCCCAAUACAACCAAGCAUUCUGCUAGCAUUUCCUGCUGCUCUAUUACAUUGUCUGCCUACCUUUAGCAUUAAGUUUUAUUAAAUGUAAUGAACUUUGGGGAAAAAAGUGAACGCUUCAUGACUUUUGUCUGUGGCGGCCAAAACAGUCUAAUUGGAGGCAUAGCUGAAUUAUUUUAGUUUGGUUACUUUGGCCCUUAUAUCUGAUAUCCACUUUGAAUUCCCAACAAUUCCCUCUUUAGUAAAUAACUCCUAGUAGGGUCAAAGGUUAGCUGUAAGUCUGGAAACAACUUUAAAGGGACACUAUAGUCACCCAGACCAUUUCAGCUCAAUGAAGUGGUCUGGGUGCAAUGUCCCUCAGGUUUUAACCCUUCAGAUGCAAACAUAGCAGUUUCAGAGAAACUGCUAUGUUUACAUUUGGGGUUCAGCCAGCCUCUAGUGGCUGUCUUCCGGACAGCCACUAGAGGCGCAUCUGCGACGCUGGAGGCAUAUUAUGCCUCCAUCGCGCAGAGCGUCAAUAGGAAAGCAUUGAAAAAUGCUUUCCUAUUGACAGCGUGAAUGCACGCGCGGCACUUGCCACGCAUGCGCAUUUGGCUCCGCUGACGUCGGCAGUGGGAGCUGACGUCUGCGGGGGAGGAGAGGUCACCAGCACCGAGGGAGCCCGGUGCUGGAAUAAGGUAAGCUGCUGAAGGGGUUUUUACCCCUUCAGCGCCACGGGAGGGGGACGUUUUGUUUUCCUGACACUAUAGUGAUCCUUUAAUUCUAGAAAAUUGUUUUGCGUUGGAUGACAGUUCUAGAAAGAAACUGCUGCAGGAAAGUUAAGAAAGGAUCCUGAUAUAUGGAACAGUCAAUCUAGACAACAUUAAAUAAUUAAAGACAUAUUGAAUCUUAUCCUGGGAACGCCAAAAUGGAAUUUGAAAUGGUAUCUAUGCUGUCAUAAACUGCUUGCAUGAUAGGACUGAACCUAGAUAAUAAAUGAGGUUGCCUAGGUGCAGGGACCAGUAAUCUUAGUAUCGGAAGUCACCUCAGGAACAUCCAGGUCAAGACCUAGAACCCUCAGAAUCCAGGCCAGAUGGAAAAAUAAGGGAAUGAAGUGCAUCAGCCUUAGUAAUUAACAGAGUUCUAGUUGGACUUUUAUACUGGAAUACAAUCGAAAAGAAUACAUAAUUUGACUGAGAAGCACUGCCUGAACUGUUCUGCAACUAGAAGAAUAUGCUGGCGUUUUAUGGGACUUUUGGGAUUUGAAGCAGCCUGUAGAGUGGUAGAGGAUGUUCUGAAAGGUCUGCUUGGAUGCAGGGUUAUUGUGGUCUUCUUUCUCUGCUUUGAUGCCCCUUCCCAGUGUAGGCAUCUGCCCCAUUCACUGUAGAAAUGUCAACCUAGAAUAAAUGUGAGAUAUUCUUUAAAAGGAGCUGUAGGCAACGUACGGCACUCCUGAUGUUGUGGAUUAAAAAUCACGUAAUGCUUUUAGAGCCAUAAUGCUGGCAAGGCAUUGGGUGAGGGGGGGAGAGGGGGAAGGCCACAACAUCUGGAGUGCCUACGCCUGGGUUAAAGAGUAAAUACUGCAUUAAAGGUCUAAUUUCCAGGCGCCCAUAAACUGUAAUAAUAAUUUUAAGUCAUCUAUUUGGGGCUUCACAAUUCAGCAUUCAAAAUCUAAAAUCGUUCCUUCACAGAAAGUUUCCAGAGCAAGGUCUUUAUGUAGCACUCUCCUCACAUGUAAUCAACAUGUCUUAUAUUUAAAAACAUACUUUGUUUUGGAUCUUGAACGUAUUUCUCAAAUGCAUCAAUCACGUGUGAGUACUACGCUAUAAACAAACCGUAUGCUGCUCGAAGCACUGUCUGCAUGGUCGUAAUGUUUGUUCACAUCGCAAGUGUGUCUAAUGAUGCAUUCACACUGUGCUGCUUGAGGACAAUUCCCAGUUGCCCCUGGAUGUGGGAUACCAGGGAAAAAAACUGCAAUGGUGAAACAGGACUCUGAAAUCAGGACUGUCUUGCCAAAAUCAGGAUUGUUAGGAGAAUAUUUAUUGAAGUAGUGAAUGUUAAAAAAGAUCUGAAAGCAGAACUUGGAAGGUGACAUGUCCAUUGCAUGAUCAUUCCAGGGGGAGAGGGGGUAAAUAGGUUCUAUAGGUUUGGGAAAUAUAUCUAUCUUUCCUCAGCCAUCUUCAUAUUCAGCUUAGUCUUCACACCCUUAUAGCUUCAUCUGUCAUUUGCCAUGUUCCCAUAACCCACUGUAAGUGAUGGCUGACUGGAAACGGCAGGGAAUAAGGUUCCUUGCCGCAUUUGACCAAAAAUGGUCUCCUACAUAAGAUUAUGUAGUCCAUAAUUUGUUUGAUGGUAUUGUUUGACUGGAUUGUACCGAAAGUUCAAUGAAAUUCCACCACUUAUGAGAAGCCUAAUAAUGACAUGGCUGCUUUAUGGGGGAAUUGUCAAGUCACAGGAUUUUUUAUAUUCUGUUUAAUUAUCGCGUAUAUUUAACAAAUAUGUUUUGUGAAGUCUGAAAUAUAAAAUGAAAUUUAAAAAUUCACAUUUAUUUCCUGAAUAUGUUAUCCUUCAUCUUGGUUCCCUGUAAAUCAUUGGUGUACAUUUUGCCAUUCCACUAUUAAAAAUUUUUAGUGGAAGAGGAAAAACUGAAAUUAUGUAUCUGUCCUCCUUCUCAUUGCAUUAUGUGCCAUGGCUGUGCCUGGGCUGAGCUGGUUUGUGAUCCUAAAUAUGUGAUAUCAAUUUUAGAUAGGAAAUGGAUCAUUGCACACAAAAAAAGAUUUCAAAUUCGGUGAUUGUUCUGAACCCUUUUUUAAAUUUUUUAUUUUUUUUAACUUAUUUUGAUAUUUUUCAAUAAAACUACAUAAGGACUUUUCAAAGUGCCUUCAAAUGCUCAAGCUAUAAUAGAAGGAUUUACAGCUACAGCUUAUUGUAUUUGUUCUGGUGAGUAUACUCAUUCCCUUCAGGCUUUUUGCAGUAAACACUGUCUUUUCAGACAAAAUGCAGUGUUUACAGCCUAGGGAUAACUCCAAUGGCCACUCCUCAGAUGGCUACUAGAGGUGCUUCAUGGGGCAGUGCUGCACACUGUGCAGUACUGCCAUUCAGUGUCUCCGCCCUCUACAUGGAGACACAUAACUUUCCUCAUAGAGAUGCAUUGGUUCAAGCAUGAGAAGAUGCUGAUUGGCCAGACUGUGUGUGGCUUGUGUUGGCACUGCCCCGGAUCUGCCUCCUUGACAGUCUCAGCCAACCCUAUGGGGAAGCAUUGUGGCUGGCUCAGAGAAUCACAACUGAUGAUGUCAACCAAGCAGGCAGAUCAGGGACAGAGCCAGCAGCUGCAGACUUGAAAAAGUAAGAUUUUACUAUAUUUAGGGAGGGUAAGGGGUUAGAUGGUGUAUUUAACACUAUAGGGUCAGGAAUACAUGUUUGUGUUCCUGACCCUAUAGUGUUCCUUUAAUGUAGUUGUUCUGUUGUGUAUAGCCUGUCAAUGCAGGCUUUAAGAGAAAAGGCAGUGUUUACAUUGCUGCUUAGGGACACCUCUAGUGGCAGUCACUCAAGGUGCUUUCUGGAUCUAUGCAGCAAUGAAAUUCAGCAUCUCCAAACUCUGCAUGGAGGCACUGAACUUUCCACGUAAAGAUGCGUUGAGUCAAAAAAACAUAAAAUGAGCAAUACAUCCACCAUGUGUUGCCCCUUUAAGAUGUUUCAGAACUCUUCAUUGAGAGAAAGAGACAGUUUGUGCAGGUUUGAUUGUGCAGGCAAAUUAUGUAACUGCACUGAAAUGCUCCUUAGCUGUUUUAUGUUGAACCCAUUGCAAUGCUUUAUUUCCCAUAAACAAUCAAAAACCAAAAAUAUUUUUUUUUACGAGAAAGCAAUCAGUGCAGGCUUUUAAGACUUUUUAUAAUUUGUUUCAUUGAAAUACUUAACGGACGGUUUCACACAUAAGAAGAAUUUGUGAUCGUUCUCAGUUCUACAUGCAUUGCAGCAGUGGUAGCUGUGCUUGUUCCGUUGCUGCAGAGAAUACUGCAGAAUUUUGCAUCCAGACGUAGAUUCCAGGCGCUUGGAAUUUUUAUAUGCAUUGAAGAAAACCUCUAACUGCUAGGGCGCAGAGAGACAAACUGAUACUUAAACAGAGAUCCUGAAUAAGUCAGGUAAAGGGAAUAUAGUGUUACAUGAGCAUUCUCAGUACUAUAACCACUACAUCACUGCAUACUUUAUUACCCUAAACUGUCACUGGUUCAUGACUCCCUUGUACUUGUUUAACUGCAGCAUUAAUACUGCAGCAUUCUGGGUUUGGCUUUAAAUUCUGGAAGGUUAAAUCACUGAUACAGGUAAAGAAAAUCCUCAAACAGCGAGGUCGAACAGAGUUGUCCCAUUCUUUGGAACAAGAGAAAACAAUCACUGACAAUUGAGAAAGGCUAGAUACACAUCACGUAAUAUUAUUGUUAUUAUUCACAAAGCACCAACAAAUUCUGUAGCGCUGUACAAUAUACCACAACAUUGCAGAUAUUUAUAGAAAUCUUAGUAUUAUAGUUGCAGCAUUACAAAUAAAAUACUGGAUUUUUAGAUACAAAAAAAAACCUAUUAAAAUAUAUCAGUAACAAUACAUUUGUUAAGACAAAUCUAUUCCAUGCUAAGUCAGCAAAUAUUAAAAAGUCACAUCCGUGAGGUUCCCAGUAAAUGCAUUGACAUGUCAGACACAUGGUAUAGGUAUAAUGUCAUGCAUUGUAGCAGAAAUGGGUGCAUGACAUGGGUUGUACAUUUAGUCAUCCCGGGUGGAAGUGACACAUGUCCAAACACUUGCUGAGAGUUACUGGGACUUGUAGCUAUGGCAACUGAAACCUCAUACUACACAAAGAGGAUUAUGGGAUUUUCUGUGUCUGUACUGCUCAUUUGCAUUGGGUAUUUAGAUACAUUACAGUCUUUACUGAUAACGGAUGCAUGCUUAGAAUAAAAUAUAGUGUCGCAGUUGAGUAACAGUCCAGACUGCAGGAGACUAGGUAGACUAUGUAUAACAAAAAAAAUUAACAAAAAAGAGACAAAGGAAAACCUAUUAAUGACAUUCCAGCACUUGCUGCAAAUUCCCAAUAUGUGUAUCUCUGCAAUGGGUUUUCUUCAGACUAGGCAGACACAGAGCCUGACUCAACCAAUCUGAACCUUUGCUUUGCUUUUAACCCCUUAAGGACACAUGACACGUGUGACAUGUCAUGAUUCCCUUUUAUUCCAGAAGUUUGGUCCUUAAGGGGUUAAAGGGAGCUGAGUAUAUCCCAUAAACCUUUACUUCUGAGUCUGGGAGACAUUUAUGGGAUUAUGUCAUUUAACACUUAGUAGCAGUUCCGUUCAUUAGAAAACAUGAAAUAAACUGCCACCCAAGCUGCUGGCAGCUACAACUGUUAUAAGUUUACUAAUAGCUUCCUUCAUGGUUUCAUAAAUGGAGGUGUUGAUGCAGCUGCAGCUCUGAUAUAAGAGACAGCCAAUUGCAUGGUGUUAAAGCAGAGAUAUCCAUAAACCUGGCAUUGCUGUGUGGAUUUUUAAACACUUGAUAGUCAAAAAAGGGAAGCAGACCAGCCAGCAGUCCCGGAUCCAACAAGGCAGUCCUGAUACGGAACCCCUACCCCACUGUGUCUGAUUUGUUGUUGCAGUGUCCAGAAACUAAACAAAAACAAACAUUAUGUUCCAUCCAUGUGACUUGCAAUCUGUUCCUCCCUUUGUCUUUUUGCCAUCCCUCUGCAAGUGACUUUCCUUCUCUAUCUCCAAUUUAUUUGUUCUAUCUCUUUCAACAUUGUUUACCCAUUCUUUAAUUCUCUAUGAUCCUCAUUUCUCCAAUGUUUCCUGCUGCCACUUUUUCAUGUCUUCUCCUUCACUUCCUAUAUCUCUAUAUCUCUACAUAUAUGUCCCUUUUAUCGUACCCUCCCAUAUGCUGUACAUUUUUGUAUCUGCAUGCUUUACUGUGGGGACUAUGAUACUGUUAUAUUUGAAACCAUUACAUUGGUUCUUUCCCUUCACAUUGUAAAAUACUUAAAAAUGUGAUAAAAAAAAUUGAAUACUUGAAUUGAGUUUUUCAAAUUGAGUUUAAAACCUAAACCUUAAACUGUUUGUGCAUGGUAUUGCUUAUUGAAUUUACAGACGGGCUGGUUUUUUCAUGGAUGCCCCAGUCUCUAAGCACCAUAUUACUGCAGUGGGAGUUACACUUCUGCAAUAGUAAUAUUAAAGGGGAACUAUAGUGCCAGGAAAACAAACUUGAUGUAGAAGGGGUUUAAAACCCCUUUGUCACUUACCUGGAUCCAGCUCGGCGCUGGUUCGGGUCCUCCUUCCCUCCUUGACAAUGGCUGUGCAUGCAUUAAGAUUUCCCCAUAGGAGUUUUGGGUGAUGCUGGACAUCCCAUUGCAUAGCUUGAGGACAUCCAGCAUCAGUUAGGAAACCACAAGUUACCUAACAGCCCGGAAGUCCCUCUAGCGGCUGCCUGGUAGACAGUUACCAGAGGUGGAGUUAAUCCUUAAAGGUAAGUAUUGCAAUUUGUUAAAAACUGCUAAAAUGACAUUUGCAGGAUUACAGGACCUCGGACAGUGCACCCAGAUCAAUUCAAUGAGCAGUGGUCAGGGUUUCUAUAGUGUCCCUUUAAUUGUGUCCAAUUUUGGAUUGCAUUCAUUGGCUAAACCAUAAGGGAUCUACUAUACAGUAUCUUAGAGACAUUUGCACAGUGCCAGUGCAUCUAACACUGCAAUAUUAAAUUCAGAGAUGAAGUGGUCUGGGUGCCUAUAGUGUCCCUAUACUCAAUAUGAUGGCCUAAUAUACCAAGUAAUAUGUCUUAAUGUGCAUAGUGGUCCUAACUAGUCUGAGACAUUACAGAGAAAUAUAGCCCUGCCACGCUUAGGACUAAAACAGUUAACUAGGUUAAAUUGUUAAAAAACAUUAAUUGUUUUUGGCAUAAGAUGUAACCUUGACAUAUUUUAAAAUUGGUUUUAAUCAAACAUCUGUGUAUUCAUCUUUAUUCAAGGCAGCUUCUAUGAAGAUAUGGUUACUAAAAAAAGCUACAAAAUAUGGAAAAAUCUAAAACUUAACUCAAUUCAAUCACAUUCUAUUCAUUUAAUCAAAUGACUUAUGUGGAUGAUUUAAUGAAGUAAUUUGUGACUUUGCAACAAUUACAUGUAGUCAGCAGCAUGGCCUGUGAUGUGACACAAUUUUUAUAAUAGAUUGGCUGAGUUUCUCUUUUCUGUAUUUUAAAAGGCACAUGUCUUUUUGUACCCAGUAGUUUGAAAAUGGAAUAGAGUUUAUUAUAAUAAUUGUAAUCAACAAUUAAAAAUUUGUCACGAGAAGUAGUUCAAGUAACGCUCUAAGCAACAUACACAGUGCAGCUCAUUACAUUGGUUAUGGUGCAAGGAAUCUGUGAGCAUUGGCCUUAGAUUGGGUCAAACCAAAUUACUAGUCUAACCCAUUUCAACAUCGUUGGCAUAGCAUUGCAAUCCUAAGGGCUAAUGAAGAUGUCCUCUUCUGCUUCAGGAGGUAUGUAGCAGAGGGACCAAGUUAUAGAUGAUGUGAGAGCCUACCCAAAAUUGUGGGGAAGACAGUCUCUUUGCACCAUAACUAUGAAACUGGGCUAUGGAUAUGGUUAGUUUUCAAAUGUCUUACCUUCGUGUUUAAAUCCCUUCUUAAUCUUGCUCCUCCAUACCUCUCCUCACACAUCUCCUUCUACACUUCAAAUUGUCCUCUCCGGUACCUCAACUCCACCUUUCGUAUUCUCUACACCCAUGCACCCUUUCAAAAUUCUGCUAAUUCUCAUCUUAGCCUCUUACCACUGGAACAAGCUACCUCCACACAUUCAUUCUGCCAUUUGUAAAGUCACACAUCUUGAUUGAAGUAUUCUCAGUCACUUCCUCACUCAUCCCUCACAGCUCAAUAUAUCUGACAGUAUCACCCUCAAAUUAUUCACUGAUCCCCAGCAGAUUGGCCACAGCCCAGGCAUCUUCCUGCCCCUAACAUGCAAUUCCUCCAAACAAAUUCAAAUUGAUUCCAGGCAUAUGACCCAACUCAAUCUCAUCUACAAUAAACGCUCUAUUUUUCCAAUGACAAUUUCUCAACUCUGUAGGACUCUGACCAAGGGGCUUUCCUGACGUCUUGCAUCUUAUCAACAUAACUCUUUGUCUCUAUUAAAUAUGGAAUUUGCUAUCUCACAUUCAUUGACACAUUAACAUAUGAAGAUGAGAGAUUCUCAAUAUCAAUGUUAUCACAAUCACACUGAUCAAUAGAAUAUAAACAACUAUAAACUCUAGAAAAGAUAUAUUUUAGCAUGAAUUGAAUAAAAUGUAUCAUAGUAAAUGUACAAAACCAAAGCAAAGAACAUACUGGAAAAACAUACAAUAACAACAAUAAAUAGAAGAAAUAGAAUAUAGCCAAUUCAAACUGAAACCUAACCCUUAAUGAUUAGACAUUAAAAAAAAAUCAGAGACAACAUACCAAACAAUACAGCCAAAAUCUAAGCGAGAGAAGGGUGGACCCCAUCGUUUCAGCCGUGAGCCUGACUUGGAAUCAUAGUCUUGGAUUUAUAGACUAAAUAUAUAUAUAUAUACACACCUGGCCUGGUAUGCUUAUUAAUAAGACUACAUCAUUCGACUUACAGCAGCUUCCAAAGGAACUUUGGCCUUUUCUUUGUAAUGAAGUAGUUCACCUAUUCAAAAAAAAGAACUGCAGGUAUUCCUGGCUGCCCUUAGAACCCACUACUGGAGGCUUUUUUUCUUUCCCCAAAUAUAUCUAAAGCCUGGUGCGGUACCGAAAUUGGUUUAUACUAACCAGGGAUAUUCCCCAAUAUUCUAGGAGCUAUUGAUUGCACCCAUGUGCCACUAACCAAGCUUAAGAGCACAUAUACCAAAUCACAAACCAUUCCAUUCUAUCAAUGACAUUAAAUGAUAGUCACCUUCGAAGUUCCUGCAGAUUUAUCCUGCAGAUUUUUAGAGGGAACGUGCCCUACAAGUAUUUGGACCAGAAGGAAGAAGCAGAAGUAUCCUUCCGUGAUGUCUCAGAGUGAGGGGGAGGCUUAUAUCUGUAAUGAAUGAUCUUUGCAAAUCACUUCAGUCAACCGCUAAUUACGCUACCCAAGUGCCUGACAUAUCUCAGGAGCCGUGGAUGAGUUCAAUGGCUAGAACUCUAAACUGGAUACUAAAAUAGUCUCCAAAAUGUGUGUGUUUAAUUCUGCAAACGUUGUCAUGUCCUGAUCUACCAAUAAAAAUAUAUUUAAAAUAUAUAUUUUUUAUAAGAGUACACAGAACAGUCAGGCUAUAUGGAUGAAAUUGUUUAUAUUAAAGUCCUAUAAUACUGAAAUAAAUGAAUAUACAGCCAUGGGGAAAAGAAAGUACACCCUCUUUGAAUUCUAUGGUUUUACAUAUGAUGACAUAACAACAAUUAUCAGUUCCUUAGCAGGUCUUAAAAUAAGGUAAAUAAAACCUCAGAUUUUAACUCAUGAUAUAUUACACCGUGCCUUGAUUUAUAUAACAAAAGUAAAGCCAAAAUGGAGAAAGUACUUUCGCUUUUUCCCAUGACUGUAGCUGAUUGCCUAUGUAGGCCACCUUUAAAAAAAACUAAUACUGUAUUGAUGUGCAUUAGGAUGCAGCACUCUGGCAUUUGACGUGUUAAUUGUUUGUUUUGUGGAAGUCAGAAAGAGUGUCUGGUAUAGUGUGUCUCUGGGCAGGCGUGAUGUCUCCUCUACUCCUGGCUCUGCUGAGCUGCUCUAUAUAUAAGCUGUGAGGGUCCUCUGGGACAUUGUGCUUUGGGAUGGACAGUAGCAGUGAUGAGGCAGGGAGUGAAGGAGAGGAGGAGAGCCAGGUGAGUGCCAGUUUUGUUGAGCAGACAUUAUGACAUCUCUUUUGUCUCUAAUAGAAAGCCUCUAGAGCCACCAACACACGUAUUUUACAAUUCUGAUCAGAGAAUAUCUAGCUCCUGUGCAUAGUUCCUUCUACAUGUCGUGCAAUGCUGCAGACUGUUAGCACCGUGAAACUAAGAAUUACACGAGAAGUUAGACCAAGAAAUAGUUUUCGGAACAAGAUCUUUUGCUGAAUCUGUACAACUGCAAGGAAUGUUUUUUCCCUGUUUUUUUGGGGGGGUGUUUCAUUGUUGCUCUCCGGAGUUUGCAGUUAAUAUUGCUUAUGUGCCUCUAGUGGGUAUGUGUGUGUGUGUUAUAAUAUUUGUGUCAUAAAACUGACAAUAAAAAAAUCCACAGAGAUUAUUUUGUCCUGUACACAGAUUUGCAUAUUUGUAUUUUUUUUCCUUUAAAAUUAACAAGGAGGGGGGGGACUUUUUGAUUCUGCUGACUUGGAACUGUUCUACAUAUGACAUUAUAUCGUAUUACAGGAAUCAAAGCAGACAGUAGGGCAGAUUACAACACUUUGCUUGUUAUAAUUAAAUAUUCUGCUGUUAUAGAUAUCUGUAAAGACAAUAUUCUCUUUCAUUUGUGUGGAUGAGUCUUAUGUCCCAUGUAUAAUGUUGACACAUUUCUUAUACCGGUAAUGCUUAUUUGCAUAAUUAAUUACGUAUGUGUGACAUAACUGGACACAAAGUCACUGUAUGUUUUUUAACAUCACACGGAGUGACACAAGAGAAAAAUAAAACAUUUGGAUGGGGGAACAUUCCCUAAAUUACUAGAAAACUAUUUACAAUGUGUGUACUAUUUCUGACUGUGUGUGUAACCAUGUUUAGCAUUAAGUAUGUAUCCAGUUUCUGAGUGUGUGUCUAUAGCAGUGCAUGUCAACAUGUAUACUAUGUGUGUUUGUGGCAGUGUAUGUAUACUGUGUCUGAUUGUGUAUGUAGUCCUGUGUCUUAUUUAUAUUUAUAUAUAUAUAUAUAUAUAUAGUAUGUAUAGCAGUGUGUGUUAUUGUGUUCAUAUUGCCCGAAUGAGUGUGUUUAUAGCAGUGUGUGUACACAUGUCAUUGUUUGUAUAUGUUGUCUAAGUAUGUGUGAAGCAGUGUUUGCAUACAGUGUCUGAGUGUGUGUCAGUGUGUUUAUACUGUGAGUGUGUGCGUCAGUGUUCAUUCUCCUACAUGCAAUUUUCUGGUUGCAUUUACUCUUGACGAUAUGUCGCUGCAAGUCUGUUUGUUUAUCAGUGCACUACAAAAAUAAAGAAUUUAUAACAUCAACAACAAAAUAACCUUCAUGCUGUAUUACUGACAUGUUAUGCAGAGCAGGAGUAAUCAUAAGACUACUCUAAGGGGCUGCCUAUGGGCCGGGGGUUAGACAGGAACUCAGGAACCAUGUAUUUGCUUGGCCCCAUAAGCCAUUCUAUGCGAAGAAUUAAGUUGGGCCCAAGUUGGUAACCUGCCUAAGGAUGCCAUGGGAUCUUUAUCCUUCGCUGAUAUAAUUUAUUCUAAAUGUGAUUCUUUACACUUACAGUUUGUAUUGACUUUCAUUACUAUAUAUGAAGCAGAAUAGGUACUGAUGGUAUCCUUGUUAUUUAAUGUUUCAAAGAGAAUAAAAUAAAACAUAAAAUAAAAAUUCCAUGCUACAAUAAAACAGCAGUAAAGAUUAAUGAGCAAGAGAAAGUACAAAAAUAUAGGCAAUUUUUAUUUUGCCCACCAAGAUUUAUUCGAUUCCUUUUGUCCCAAUGCCCUUAGUAUCUGGUUAGUUAAAAACCCCCUCUGUAUAAAAUUGUAAUGUGUGUAAACCAUGUUCCUAUUAGACUGUGCCCUGCAGUUUUCCUCUAUUGAUUGAGGUAGGAAGCAGGAUGUGAGCACAGCUAAUGGGAUUAGACAGUGUAAAGGUCAGGCAGAAGGACACGUGCACAUAAUGUAUCAAUAUAUUAAUGGGACAUGGGUAAGAGAUGCUGUGGCGAAUCUGUCAGGCUGGAACAGAUAUACCACUGCAGACGAACUGAUUCAUAGUUUCGCCUAGUAACCAUCUAAAGGAAUACCAUAAUACAGCCCUUAGACAGCACGCCUAUGUCAUGUUCAACGCGUGUGAACUCUGAUGUAACAAAUGAUACUGUGGGGGAUAUGCAUGUGUACAAAGUGAUGGUUUAAUUCCAUUAUGUUAUUGUGUUUAUUAAAGAAUUCUAAAAGUGAUCUAAAAAGUGACAGUUUUCUUCACAGAAAAUUCCACCAAGUUUUGUAGAAAUUUCAAUAUCAGAAGAUCGGCAAAUUUAGAGCGGCAGAAAAAAAAAAGAGACGUGAAAAAGAACACUUUUCUGUUUAAAGAAGUGGCAGAAAGAUUGCUAAAUCCAUUGUUUUGCAGAAAAUACUAGGUAUAUAUAUAAAAUGAUGGUCAGGCACAAAAGAAUCAACAUAUGUAAGAACCUGACAGAUUUAAUAAACUGCGCCAAAUAUUUGCAGAAAAUUUGCGAUAUCGUUGCCUGCAACAUUUUGUUAAAUCUCCCUCAAUUAUUGCCAAUCUGUUUUGUUUUCAUUGGCAGAAUGAGCUUUUAGUGAAGCCACGUUGACUAUAAUGUAAUAACUCCAUAUUUGUUCCCCAGCAUUAUAUGUUACUAAGCAUAUUUUUACUAUAUUCAUUUGACUAAAUUCCAUUUACCUCUUUGUGGUUAUUUCUUUUUUACAAAUCAAUUGGCUGCCGUUACCUUGCUAAAGUUGAAAUUCGCAAAUUUAGCCUUCGCUUUAAUAACCUUUCCAAAUGAUUAAAUACGGUUAGAAACAUUUCCAAAUUAUUCAACAAAAUUCUCAUAGACUAUAAUGGGGAGUGCGGUAGAUAAAUCAUUUAGAAUGUUUUCUAACAGUAUUACAUCAUUUAGAAAGCAAAAAACAUGCAUUAUGAGAUAUCACCAGAAUUAAAUAAUUAUAUGUUCUACUUGGUGCCUGUCAUUUAGAAGGUUCAAAGCAUUGCGUUGUUCAGCUGAAUUAGAUGUACCAGUAUUCCAAUCACUUUCUGGGUAAUUAGAUUCCGCAAUGAUUAAAACUUGUCUCAGAUGUGUUGCUUGCUUUUUCGAUUUGUAAUAAAUGUCGAUCUUCACAAUCUAAAUCCUCAGCUGGUUUUUUAAAGAGCCUUUCAUGUCCUAAUUGAGCUUUUCCUAGGCAUUCAUGCUGCCAAUUUCUAUACUAGUAUGUGUUUCUCCACAAGUACAAAAGUAACCUAUACACAAUGCUCUAGUCCAGAGGUAGGCAACCUUUUAGUAGUACUGUGCCGAAACAAGAUAUUAAAGUCAUUUGGCAUGCAUGUCCUAUUUUGUUAAAUUGAGGUGUGUAUGUUGCUGUAUUCUGCUUGUGUGAUUUAUGGGUGUUGCAGUUGCCUUGUAGCAUUGUAUUUUUAUUUAUAUGGCCUGUUAUAUUGUAAAUGUUCAUGAAUAGUUUGUGGUAUCGUGUAUGAUACUUUUGAAUGGGGGCUGUGUAUGGGGGCUGCUUGUGGAAUUGUGUGUAUGGAUGAUAAGUCACAUUGUGUGUAUAUGUGGUAUUGCAUGUGAGAGGCUGCUUGUGGGGUUGUGUGUGUGUGUGUGGAUUGCGGGGAGUGUGUGUGGGCUUUUUGUAUUGGUAUGAAGUGGAGACUUAUUCUGCAGCUUUGUGUAUAUCUAGCAGUGAGAGUGACUUCCCUGGGGUCCAGUGGGGUCCAUACUGACCAAGUACAGGUCAAGGGCAGGAGCUGCUAUAGUUGCUGUUGACCGCUCUACUGCAAUGUGGAUUCCCACUCACAAGUUCGGAAGAGGAAGUGAUCUGAGAUCACUUCCUCUAUGUGCUGCAAUACAUAAAUUGAUGAUUAUCCUUCACCACCUGCAAUUACCGUUUGGUUUGCACUAGCAGAUAUCUAAAGUUCCACUGGGACUCCCGAUAGGCCAGAGCCUGUUUGUCUCUGGUGGCCUCGAGUGCCAUAGGUUGCUGACCCCUGCUCUAGUCCUUUGAGACAAAGAUAUAAAAUAUGGGUUCCUGACUUUUUGCUUCCAAGAGAGACCUUGGGUAAUGGAAACCUGAAUUGAGUUUCUCAGCUGUUGUGAAAAAUGUAUUGGAGGUGGGUAAUCAAAUGCUGGCAGAAUUGAAACAGUAUUCUAAACGUACAAUGUAGAGCCUUUUCUUUCUGGAUUGUCCCGGAGUAUUUCCAACCUAUAUAUCCUAUCUGGCAAUUUCUAGUAGACAUUCUUCAAGAUCAUCUAUUCAGAGCAGAAUUAACCACAAGGUGACCUUAGGCAGCCACCUAGGGAUCGGGGAUUAGACAGAGUCACAGACUCAUAUAUGAAGAAUGAAAGAGGGGCUCCAAACUGGUACCCUGCCAAGGGCCCCAUGGGAUCUUAAUCCUUUUUUGCAUCUGUUGCAAUGUCCCUGAUUCUGCAAUACAGGCCUCCUAAUAGGUGGAUUAUUGCUGUGCCUGGGGAAUAGAAGUAAUGUCAGGUUCCAUUCAGUGUAAUUAACAUUGAAUGUAUUGAUUGUUUUCCUAGCUUGUGUGUGCAAUCUCGCUUAACGUACACCGUCAAUACUUUUCCAUUUAAUGUUUCUGUUAACAAAGGCUUAAAACAUUAACUAAUAAAGCAAUGUUGUGCAGAUUCUUUUAUUGACGUAGCGGUCAAUGAAUAAUCAUCUUUAUAUCUGUCUAUCAGCAAAGUAAACACUGCCUGCGAUAUUUAUGUCGGCAUUAAAUAAAUGUGAAAGUUUCUCACCAGCAAGGAAUGUAGUGAAACAGAGAUUUUCUCUGGGCUGUAAUUCUGGUCUAAUUCUAGUGCAAAUAUGUGAGAUAUCCAGGUACCUUCACUACAUUUUGGCAGUCCGAACAAUGGGUGACACUUGUAACGGAGCUCCCUGUACCCCUGGCUGGGUACCUCCACCAAGGACCGUUUCCUAGCUAGAGCAGGGGACAAACUGCAGCACUUCUGCCCACAGUCGCCAUGGCUUCAGUAGCGUCCUGGAACCGCUCCCUCCUGGAGCCAAAUGGGGAACUUGCUCUAGCCACCCCCAGGCACUGGACGACACUCAGUCCUGGGAGCGCUAGUCCUUACAAGGACUUUCCCCAAUGAAUCCUCCACACUGGAACAGUGAUUAAAGAAUAGCCCUUUCCCCUCCCAGUAACCAUAGUUCUGGGAGUACAAGCUGUAAUACGUUUAAUCUGGCCAGAUGGCCUGCUUUUAUACAUUUUCAAAUACAAUUGAGUACGCCCAUGACACUCCCACAGAUAAUCCCUCCCCUAUGCAUGGGAGAUAAUUGAGUCAGGAACUGUACAAAACUCAAUUAUCUCCCGGCACAAAAAACACAAAUUUCACAGACACCCCAAAAGUACCAUUAAAAAUAUAAAAACCCCACAAAAGUUACAUCCCCUGAUAGCCCGAUCUGGGUGACCAUCAUAUCCAAAAAUCAUCAAGAUUGGUUCAGGGGUUUAGGAUUUUCCUGGAAGUCUUAAUUUGACCGACCGCACACGAGGCUCCUGCCCAAAACAGUUCCAUAAAAUCAGGGCUAGUGGUCGAUCUAGUUCGGUAGAUUAAAAACGAACAAACUACAGAACAUAGUCAAUAUUCUUACCCUGUAGCUUGUUCCCCUUAUUCGUGGGAACGUUUCCACUGAACAGUGUCUUCCUAAGGAUUAUAAAACCGAACAAAGACAAUCAUGGAAAUCCAUCUGUGUUCGGGAGUUUCAGUGUCCGAAAAUAGUUCCAUGAACUCGACGACCAAACACCGCUGCCUGCGUUCAUGCGAACAAGAUGGCUGCCACCUCGUGGUCGUCCAUAGGAAAUGCGGCCAUGCAGACGAACACUUAGAACACUGCAGUGGAAAUUGCUACAAAGUAGCAAUUAGGCUUAAACUCCCGGGUGGAAUAAUUUCACAUGGUAUCGCAAAACUUUGGUACCCCAGCAAAAAAAAUGUGUGCCGUAGAGUAGCGCAGCACAAACCUUUGAAUGAGCAGACUGUAAUGUUCUCUUUUGCUGGUAAAUUCUUUUUUUAUCUGGUUUAAUUGUUGACAAUUGUAAUCUAAAUCUGCAGUUGCUUCAAGUCAAUUUCGAUAUUUUGGUUUUGUUGCAGAGUAAAGCAAGAAUCCGAGUAAAGCGAUUUUCACAUAAGUAUGUGCUGGCGAAUGGUAGUAGACAAUUGCCCACUUGGACAAUUCUGGGUAUUCUUCGCGUAAAUCACCCCAAAAGGCAAUAAGAGAAACUUCUUUACAUUUUUGGCUUAGUUGACUGUCAGAAGUUAUAUCGAUCAGAUUCUCAAAAUCUACAUCAGAAAAAUGGUCUGGCUUGUCUUUUAUGAAUGGAUUUCGAACCCAGUCAUUAUUGUUUUCAUUCAAAAAUGGAAAAUAUUGAUUAAUAGAUGUGAUUAAAUGACAAAGAUGCGAAUUUCAUCUUCAAUUUCUGAUUCUUCAAGAAAAUCCUUAAGUGUUGGCAAAGAGUUCAAAUUAUUUUGCUCAACAGAUGAGGUCCAAAACUGCAGCUUAUGAGGCAGAAAAAUAUUUAAUCUCUUGCAUUAAAAAUAUUAGUGUUUUUUCCUUGGAGUUAUAAACAUACGUCAUUUAAUUUUGUUAAUAUGUCUGCAAGAUACGCUACUUUGGAUAAUCACAGAGUGUUUGUUAAUCGAUCAGAUAAUCCAAAUUUAUGAUCCUGGAAAUAUGCAAACAACUCGACGCAAUUCAAACAUUCUAACAAGGACUUUACCUCGUGAUAGACAACGGACUUCUGAAUACAAAAGCAGAGCAGAGAGGUGACUACACAUAUCUUUACAUAUAAUUUAAAUAGUCGACUUUUUAUAAAAUUAAUAAUCUGGACCGAUUAGUCUAGCACAGUUUUAAGUGAGACUGAAAUAUUUUUAGCCACCAGUGCAUGUCUGAAGAACACAGUGAGAACUGGUGCUGUUUUUGCUACAUUUCUUAUUUGUGUCACAGCGCCUGCCACAUUUCCAACCAUUGCUUUGGAACCAUCACUGCACACAUCUACACAUUUGUCCCAAUUUAUACUGUGUGUGUUCAUAACCUUCUGGAUACAGUGAAAGAUGUUCUCACCAGUGGUAUGAGUUUUCAAAGUUUCACACAGAAACAACUCUUCAACUCAAAAUUGUAUCUAGCAAAAACCAACAAAAUUGAAGGUCCUGCAACAUCUGUGGACUCGUCUAAUUGCAGUGAGUACCGAUCACAUUGAUGCAGUCAAGAAAUUAGUUCAGUAUGGAUGUCAUCAGCAAGAUCAUGAAUAGGGCGCAAAACUGUGUUGUUGGAAAGUGACACAGCUUCAAUUUUUUUUACUCAACUUCUCACUUAAAAUACAUGACACUAUUUAUUUUGCACAUGGUUUUAUUAGUGAUUCCCCAAUUGUGUGUGCUUCUCCUGCAAGUGCUAUGCGGUAACUCACUCUGUAAGAAGCCUCUGUGGCUUUUUCUUUAGCAUUUUGACAUUUUUUGCUCAUAAAUUGUUUAAUCUUCUGAUACUCCUUUAGCUUUCGCUUAAAAAAGUGAAUGUCUUUAUCUUUGUACUCUGCGUGGUUUUGCUCAAAAUGACAACGCAAUUUAGCAGGUGCUAAUGAAUUGUUUGGCAAUAUUUUAUUGCUAAGUACGCAUUGUGCUUUAGGACAAUCUUCAUUUCUGGCACUUGUGAAUCCAAAUGACAAGUAGCUAUCAUCAUAUUUUCUUUUCUUUGUUUGAAUAGCAUUAUGUGCUUUUCUUUUUUUCUUUGACUUGUCACUUGUCUCUGCUAUUUGAGGAACAGUAGAUACAACUAUUUUGGGCAUGUUUUCUGGAUUUUUUUACUUGUAUUUUCUUUCUCAGUUUCUAUAAGUGCCGAACAGGUAGAAGUAGAGUCUUUCAAUGCUCCUGACAGAGCCUUUUAAUGUCCCUAACAGAGAAUUGCAAUGCCCCUGACAGAGCCUUUAAUGUCCCUUACAGAGCCUUUUAAUGCCCCUAGCACAGAAUUUUUAUGCCCCUUACAGAGUCUUUCAAUUCCCUUGACAGAGCCUUUUAAUGCCCCUACCAAACAGAGCUUUCUAUUUCACUACCCAACAGAGCUUUCUAUGUCCCUACCUAACAGAGAUUUAUAUGUCCCUACCCAGCAGAGCUUUCUGUCUAUGACAAAAACAGGGCUUUAACUAUCAGCUCCACUCUCUAUCACUCCUCUACCACAAGUGAUAGAAAAUGGCUGACGGCAGGGCUGGCUGGUGGCUGGGCGGGCUGGCUGACUGCUGGGCUUUCUCACGGACGAGCUACGUUUAAGUGGCUGUCUAAUAGCAGGGUGGGCGCUAGGGCGGGCUCUGAUGGCAAGGCGUGCUGAGGGCAAGGUGUGCUGUCAGCAAGGCGGGCUUACGGUAGAGCUUAAAAUCGCGCUCCCGCAAUCUCUUAUGAGAUCACGGUUGUGCUAUUUCGGCUGUUUCCGACCUUCCGAGAACAGCAGGUAGCAGCGGCCAUUGGGGAUGUGGCAAAAUGGAGCGGAACACCAAUUUUGUUCUAGGGUUCCACGGAACACCAAUUGGGAAACGCUGGUCUUUAUAGUCUAAGAAAGUCCUUGGUGCAGAGGAUGAUAUAUUGACAGCCAUAGCAUCACUUGGUGGAAACAAAGCCUAUCCUUGGACCCAGAGAAAGUGUUCAAUAGAGCAUUGUUGCCAUAUUUGUUCUGACUGCUACAGCACUGAGGUUUCACAGGAAAGUACAUUACAUCCAUACUAGCCCUAUAUAGGUCACCUAAAGCUCAGAUUAUCUCACCUAACAACAAAUUGUCUCCUUUCCCUUGUCUAUUGAAACUAGGCAGAGGUGCCCUCUGUCCCCACAUCUCUUAGCACUUUCCCUUGAAUCCCUCUUGCAUCUUAUUAGAACAAACCCAAACAUUACGGGGAUAACAAAUACAAAUGGCACAGUGAGUGACUACAAUAGCUCAAACACCCAUGUGGUAUCCCCUAUACCAACACAAAAAUACAUACAAUGCAGACACAAUGGAGCCAGGUUCCUAACUGGCUCUGAUUUUGUGAGUGUUUCCUUGCACAUAUUGUUCUUUUAUAUUUAUUGUAAAUUGUCUACACUAUUUUGUGUAUCUCUCUAUCUCUGCAGUAUUAUAUUGAGAAGAGGAGAGAAUAGCAUUGCUCCAACCAUUGUGUCUGCAUUACUGGGAUAACAUUAGCUGGUACGUGCUGUAAAGUAUCAGCAUAUGCUGUUAAUAUCUUACUCACAAUCCUGGACCCCUCCAGGUCUCCACCUCCCCUGCUUGAGGCAAACUUGCAGUUUGGAACCUUAUCUGGCUACAAAGUUAGUUUUGACAAAUCCUGUAUUAUGCCCUUCCAUGGUCCAGCUCAGGGCGUGACACAGUUGAGGUCUUAAUAUGGAUUCCAGACUCAAAGCAAGGCCUUUAGAUACCUAGGCAUUCAAAUUACUGCAAAUCCGGACCAGUUAGGUUCAGUUAACUAUGGCCAGCUAUUUUGGACCGCAAAAUUUGUUAAUUUGUUUGUUUUUCCUUCUUCUUCUGUAAUUCCUUUCUUUACCCGUGCCUGUGAGGCCACAUUUUGUGGUGCUUCUGUAGUUAUUGCUUUCUUUGGAUGUGUAAUAAAUUCUUCUUAUUCCCCUUUCUGUGAUUUUGCCAGUUGAUGGAUAUAUACGUCUUUUGUAUAUAUAGUCUUGGGUCAAAGGCUUGCUACAUUAAUAUACAUCUAUAUUAAUGAAAAGUACUAAUACAUGAUCUGACUUACGGUUUCUUCAGGUUUAUUCUUAGUUACUGAUACAUAAUAAAACAACAAAGGAUGUUACAUGAUCAUGGAUGUUCAACAGCAGAUGGUAAUUGCUGGAUUCCUGAAGGGAGCGUUACAUCAUUACAUCGAGAAAGAGAGACAGAGAGCAAAAGAGAUCUCGUGUCCCUUAAGUUAUUAUAUAGAUGUUCCCAUACUGACGUCAGACUAUAACUCUAGCCAUAUAAGGACAAGACCCCCAACCCACAUUCCAGAGUUCUCAUACAAGAAAACCUUGUGACUUAUACCAUCUGUUACUUAUGUCAAUCCUCACAUCCAUAUAUAAUCAAUAGAAACAUAGAAUAUGCAAUAUUCUACAGGAUUAUAGCUGUCAUCUGAGCUGCAAUCUCUCAAGCUCCACUGACUACUAAAAACUGAGCAUUGAUCUAUUUAGUGUUUCUAUAGCGAAUAUUCUCUUUACCCGGUCACAGAGUGUUGGUGAAUGGUCUUCUCUAUGCACAACUGCACUUGUGUCAUAUAACUAAAAUUAUAUCAAAGAAUGUAACAUUGGCUUAAGUGCAUUAUCAGAUUUAUUGGCCUGGAUGUGCCAGCCUGAUUCAAUUUCUCAUGCAUAUGUACAUUUAUUAUGUCCACAUUUUAGAAAAUCACAAAACAUAAAAUUAGUUUAAAGGAACUCCUAUGAUACAUAGACAACUGUUUAAGAACCAUGAUUUUGUGUGCUUCAAACAAUAAUUCCAUUGAUCAAUUAUUUUCCUUUAUAGUGAUAAUAUAAUAUGUAAAAAUAUAACACAACUAAAUGAUUCCAUGUUUGUCUUUAACUUGACAGAUCCGACAUUUCUUACGCAAUGAUUCAGAAGAGGCAGAGUUGGCAGAAAUAAUACGAGGAUUCCCUGGGGAGAGUCCUAAGAAGGCCCAAGUUCUAGAGGAGAAGACAUUGAAGGAACAGGAGGAAAGGCUUCAAAGGGAGCAUCAAGAAGAGGACGUGAGACUGCGACAAGAACACCAUGAAGAGAAGCUACGGCGACAGCAACAUGAGGAGGACGAAAAGCUCCGCAGAGAACUGCAAAGAGAGCAGGAGCAGCCCUUCUAUAGGGAACAUCAGGAUGAAAAGCUACAUAGAGAGCAGCAUGAUGAGGAGAGGCUACGCAAAGACCUCCUGCAAGAAGUAAAACUAUGCCAAGAACAGCAAGAGGAAGGAGAAAGAGAAACAAAGCAGAGCGAUCAACAAAGAUACCAUUUAGAUCAAGAGGAGAAGUAUUGUAAGGAGCUUGAGAAGCAUUUCUACAACAAUGGUUUCCCAUCACACAUAAAUUCAGAGUUUUCCAAGGUUGCUCGAUACGGCAAGGAGGACUUAGAAGAAGGACUGGCUUAUAGUCAGACUCUGCCUGUCAGGCCCCCAAGAGCUGGCUGCCCUCCUCUGAUGCCUCCUCAUAGCCCUUCCAGACCUAAAAGUCCAUGGGGUAAGCUUGACCCAUAUGACUCGUGUGAGGUAAGAAACAAAUUAUACUUAGGGCGCAAGUUUUUUGAUAAUCGUCCAAAGUUCUAUACUGCAUUGAAAAUAGUUUUUUUUACUUUCAAAUGUUACUAUUCAUGGAUUUUGAAAUUGAAAAAUGUUGAAACUUAGCACUGUAUAUAUACACAGCGCCAGAAUAAUGAAAAUUAGAUUUUAUUUAUAGAAGAUAUACUUAUAUCUGUGUCUUUUCAUACAAGCCCUGAUCUGUUUUCAAAGCACAUUCUAAAAACUAAAUCUUGAGUAUCCUCUGCUUUAUUGUUUCCAUGAAUAGCUACAUAUAAACCCAAUACUAAGCAUUUGUUUAAUAAAAAACACCCAAUUUCCCAUAAUGUUUCUAAUCUUUUAAAUGCGAACGUCUAUAUAGGAGUUGUGAUCCUUGUCUGCAGAUAGCACGGUCCUCUUGGGUAAACAACAGGCACAGUCCUUUGGUUUGCAUACAAUCCAGGCAGUUUUAUUGUUAAACUCCACCACAGCUACUGCAGCAAAUGAAAAAACAACAAUAAGACAAAUCCCUAUAAACAAAAUCCUAGCUCGUCUGAGCACUAACUAACAUCAGAUUCCAUAUCUCUCAGGGGGUUAAACUAGAACAAAAUAAUAUUUGGGUUCACCAACCUAGUGCCUUUGUCAGAUCUCUGCACUACACACUCAGUUAGCAUGUGUCUUCCAUUCCUUCUAGAAAGAAACAAAAUUCUCUCUCUUUUCCGCACUCCAGUGCUCUCAGCUAGCCUGCUGCUUUCCUUCUAAACUCCCAGUGCUCCAAGCCAGCCUUAACUGCUUUCCUUCUGCACUCCCAGUGCUCCAAACCAGCCUUGACUGCUUUCCUUCUGCACUCCCAGUGCUCCAAGCCAGCCUUGACUGCUUCCUUCUGCACUCCCAGUGCUCCAAGCCAGCCUUAACUGCUUUCCUUUCUGCACUCCCAGUGCUCAGUCUCCUUGACCCUCUCACAGGAGAGAACAGCGUCUUUCCUACCUGCUUCCAGGGAGGAAGCCAGCAAUCCCCCUUUAUCUGCCUAGCAGGGAGGGGUUUAUUCCCACUGCUACAGCUGAUUAUCUGCAGCUGAGCAGUGGGUUGGAGACAGUUCCAAAAAACUCUGGAGUGGACCUUAUUUCUCCCAGUUGUGUAUAAACUAAGGAGUGGAGCAUUGGCCCACCCUGCUCUCCAAAUGCUCCACCCCAGGGGCCCAUAACUAAACAUAGCUUUGUGUUGCACACCACACAUACAACACAUACUUCCACUGGGGUUAAAUGUUAAAGGCCUCUCUGCCUUCACUUUAUCACAGAGUGUUCUAAAUGUUGUUUCAUUAGUUAUACCUUGAUGGUAUCUAAGUCGCUUCCAAGUCCUGAUUGGUGGUGCAGUGGAACUGAAAUGGCAUUAAAAGUUAGUUUCAGGACAUGUCACCCUAAAUUCACUAUCAAAUUUGUCAAAUGAGUUCAAGUUCAGUGUUGAUCACAUUUGUUCAUGUCAAAAAGUGUUUUAUAAAGCUCGACAGAACUUGGGUGAAAAUUCAGCAUACCUUUAAGUAAACAUAGGUCCCAACGUGUGGUUUAAAUAUGUGAUGUUAGGUGAAUGGAUACUCAAAACAUUUACUGGCCCUCACUUGUAUGACAUCAUUAUCUGAGGGUUGGGGCUUAUUGCUGCAGUCAUAAAAAGGAAGACAGGGACAGGGGACCUACUCUCAUCAAAACCUAUGCAAGGAACAAAUGUUGCUAUGAUGCUUGUAGUGUCCCUUUAAUUAGACUUUUCAAUUGUAGGAGAUCAUGACUUUUACCAUAAAAGUGAAAUAAUAUUAAAUAUCGUUAAAUAUUAAAAUAACCUAAAAUGAAUGGGGUGGUUAAUAUCAUAAAAUCGUAUUGUAAUCAAAGAUAUCUGCUUUUAUUUUUAGCAAAAAGUGUAACAUUUCCAUAUAAAUCACAAUGCAUUGAUUUAAUGUCACCUAUUAUCAGUGUGAAUCCAUGCCCUGCAGAGCUAUUGAUCCCACUGCAUUGCCCUAGAAAUACAGACUGGUAGUAAAUAUUUUAGCACAAAUCAUUAUUUAUGUAAUUAGAACCCUCACGCCACCGCUAAAGGCAAUUAGUGUGCCAGUGUUCCAGUUUUAUGAAGGGGUGGGGGGGUUGGGGGAGGAGGGAGAAUAUAACAACAUCUUGUCUCAGCAAAUCCAAUGUGUUCCUAUAAUGCAUUAGGAGCCUAUGGAGCAAAACGCAGCUCUGCACCAAUCAGCAUCUCCUCAUCGAUUGAAUCAAUUCAUCUCUAUGGGGGAGCAUUCAGGAACGUAGGUGUUGCACACUGAGCAGCACUGACACGGGAAGAACAUCUAGAUUAAUAAUGAAAUUAGUGAUGUAUUUGUAUCUGAGAUAACACAAUUGUAAGUAAAAUGACACCAAUAUACCAAUGGGUGAAAAUUCAGACAGAAAUUACUUUAUAACUCCUCUCUAGUACACAUAUUUUAUUCAAAAUGAAAAUAGGUGAUUUAGAACUACAGCUCCCAUAAACCUAUAUUGACCAAAAAGGCAGCAAUUGGUUGAUGGAGGAUCAAGGGAAAUGUAGUUUAGUAACAGCAUGAAGUCAACGUUUGGCUCCUAUUGUUGUCUACAGCACAUGUAGAAAUUAUGUUGUAAGUGAUGCUUGCAUUUCUGUUCACCGCAGGAAGAUAGAGACUAUGUGGGCUUUGCCACCCUCCCCAACCAGGUGCACAGAAAAUAUGUGAAGAAAGGCUUUGAAUUCACAUUAAUGGUUGCAGGUAAGAAUACAUUUAUCAGUUAGUGACAGCAGUGACACCCACACAUGUCAACUCUCAGCAGAGAAAGAGUAGAAUGUUAUAUAUUCUGUAUGGAGAUACACUAAGUGAAAGACAGGUACAUGUGAGUCACUUUAGAUUCCAUAUUGCCCUUUCCAUUUGUGUAAUAGCUAGCUUGCUUCACCUAGAGCUCUGUGCUAUGACACUUAAAAUGACACCAUGCUGAACUGUUGGAAAAAUGUGUCAAGUAAAAGGCAUGUGAUAUAAAAUACUGUAUCAUAAAGAUAUAGUGAUGUUAAAAAAAGGCUCCUCUGAAACUUGGUUCAAAGGAGAGAUUUAAAAAUAUAGUGAAAAAAAUUAAUAAAACCAUGUCAGACAGUAGUGGUUUUGGAAGUAAAAACCCCUGUCGAUAAAUAAAAUGUACUCGCAUGGAAAUGUAGGAUAAGAAAAUCCCAACUCGUGUCGGCCACCGUGUCCAAUCAAACCUCUAAAGAAAUGAUCAAAUUCACCUAAACUCGGAACAACGAAAGUUGCUUUAAUCACUUCUUAACGAAAACAAAGCCAGUUAAGGAAUUUUGCUAGGUCCUAAACCUUCAUUAUAUGUUUACAUGUUCUGCAACAAGAAGUGUCUAAGCUUAAUCAUAUUUGACCUGAUGGGGGUUGACUAUGGGGAGUUUGUCCUUGAAAGAAGAUAAGCAGCUAGAUAUCCUUCGUAGAGAUUUUGUUUCAAAAAGCUGGCCGCCAUCUAGUUAUAGAGGACAGACAAUUGGUGACAUGGUCCAGGAUGGAAAGAGAGAGUAUUCUCAGUACAUAAGUGAUACUAAAAUCCACAGAAGAUUAAGUAGCUAUGAUAGGAAUGGUAGAAUAGGAUAUUCCAGAAGAUCAAUGCAAUAUCAAUACUACGUAUCACUAUGAGUGGCAAAUCCUACAUAUGGCCUUCCAUCAUUACGGUUUGAAUUGAAGACGGGGCUGACAGACUGCUAGGCCUAGCACACAGUUUCUCUGGCACACCGUCAUGCCUCUGGCAUCUAGCCAUCAUUUAACUGAAAAGAAAGAUAAAGGUUUUAUGUUUGUCACAUUAUUGCGUGAGUAAAGACAUGAAGCGUUAUAGUGGGACCUUACGUCUUCUCCCGGUUUCUUAUAUUCUGAUAAUAUUAUUAUAAUGUUAUAUUGUCUAUGUAAUUAAAUAAUAAGCAAUGGCAAUACUUUACAGUAUGACAUCCUGAAACUGUAUGUUUAAAAUAAUUCAUUUGCCAAUUUCCUGUAAUUAACUAUUGUACCCUGCAGUUUAUUGUGUUCCAGUACAAGUGUACAUCGUUUGAUAGCGUCUCUCAAGUUGGCCCAUAAACUGAAAAUCACCUGUCUUUCUUGCAGGGGAGUCAGGGCUCGGAAAGUCAACUCUGAUUAAUAGUCUCUUCCUCACGGAUCUAUAUCGUAGCCGCCAGAUUCCAAGUCCAGAAGGUAUGUUGCAUGGUCAGUGAUAUCUGCUAUUCUUAUUUCUACUGUAUCAAAUGUAGUGCUUUACUUUGGUUGCAACAUUAGGGAGUAUAACUUUUUGGGGUUUGUAGCAAAUUGAAGACUAAAUUGUUAAAUGUAGGGUAAAAUAUCCAAAUAGCUGAGUUGGAGAAUUUUACUAAAUCAGCAGUUUCUUUGCCUAAAUAUUUCGCAUAGGUUUUUAAUGAACUAGGUUACACUGUUUAGUGUGUGAACUCCUUUGAUAACAGGCGUGCCAAUUAAACACCCUUACUGGGCAUCCAUGACGAGCGACACUGCAAUACCAUGUGUUUUUAUGUUCACAGAGGAUAUUAACUGUACACAUUCACCUGCAGAAUGCGUAACACAGACAGUGGAGAUUGUGAAGCAGACAGUUGACAUUCAGGAGAAAGGCGUCAGACUGAGACUAACAGUGGUGGACACACCAGGUUAUGGUGAUGCCAUAAACAACGAGGAGUGGUAUGUGCAUCCGUGUACAUUAUUUUUCUAUUUCCUUCAGUUACUUUUUACUUUGUGUGUAUGUCCAUUGAUUUCAAAACCUACAGCCCAUCAUCUUACUGAUGUGAUAAUUCUAAAAGCAUUAUGUUCCUAUGAAAUAAAGGAAUCUCUUUUUUAUCCGGGACUUCUGGUUAAAGAUAAAUUUGAAUGAGUCUUUUGUUUUUGUGGAAUGGAAAGCAGACUGUAAAAUGUUACUUAUCCCUCUCAUUCCAAUGGUUUCUUAGAAACCCAGUGCUUUAUUUACUAAAAUCUGAACUGUAGACAUUUGAAUUGGGACAUCCCAAUUAACAAAUCCAUGCUAAAAUAGCUGAUUUGGAAAAAUUCUCAAACUAAAUUAUAGUCAUGAAUCAAAGAAAAAAACAGGUCACACCUUACAGGAUACAUAUAGUGCAUAAUUAUACCAUGUAUAUAUACAUAUAUAUAUAUAUAUAUACAACCAAAUUUAAAAAAAAAGACCUGUAGAUAUUCAAAUCUUCAUCAGUCAGUGAUUUUUAGAGCGUGAUAGUCCUCAGUUGUGACAUAAAAUAGGGGGGCAAUGUAACAUCUGAGGUCUAUUACACUCUAAAGAUCAAGAUUUGGACAUUACCAGGUCUCUAUUGAUUUUAGUUUUAUACAAAUUGUAUGAUUUUGCACUAUAUGUAUCCUGUUAGGUGUAAUUUUCUUUAUAUUUGUAUUUUGAUUGUAGUUCUUUUGGGUGGAGAGGGAACACUAAAUUUCUGUGUUUGCUUCCUCCCCUUACUUCACUACAGUUAUAUAGUGUUUGACCUAUUUAAAUUAUAGUCAUUGCUUAGUUACAUAGUUACAUAGUUACAUAGCUGAAAAGAGACUUGCGUCCAUCAAGUUCAGCCUACCUCACAUUUGUUUUUUGCUUUUGAUCCAAAAGAAGGCAAAAAAACCCAGUUUGAAGCACAAUUUUGCAACAAGCUAGGAAAAAAAUUCCUUCUUGACCCCAGAAUGGCAGUCAGAUUUAUCCUUGGAUCAAGCAAUUACCCUAGUUAUUUUUUUAACAAUUUGUAAUUGGGUUUUGAGUUUGCUGCAAUGUUCAGUUUAGUGAGUUAACUUUCCUGUAGAGAUGUCAAUAAUAAAACAUUUGACUAUCUUGAUGUCCUGAAAGCUACAUCAUCAUAAACUGCCAAAAUGAUGUAGUAUUUGUGUAUGCAUUUCUACACUAUUUUUGUGGACUGUUUAACAUAAGUUCACGGUGAGCUAUAUACAGUACAUGAGCAGAGAACAUAGCAUUAACUGUUGGAAUUGUUACAAAAUCUCCAAUUAGCCUUAAUUGUCUUAAAUUGUCUUAAUUGACCCUUAGCUGGAAGCCAAUAUCAGAUUACAUUGACCAGCAAUUUGAGCAAUACUUCAGGGAUGAAAGUGGAUUAAAUCGCAAGAAUCUCCAGGACACUCGUGUGCAUUGCUGUCUGUACUUUCUGUCACCUCUCGGACACGGGUAUGUACAAUAAAGUGUUCUACAUUUUACGUCUGGAUUUAUUUAAUACAUGAACUCUCCCUACAAUGGCAAAUGGAAAUGGAAAAUUUCAGGCUAAAUAACAAAUCUAUGAUUUUUUUCACUCCUUGUUUAAUGCACUCCAGGAUUACCAAAAAUAUAUAAUUAAAAAAUGUAUCUAAAAUGUAUCUAAUCCUUUUGCUGUAGGUAAAUUUAAUCAGGUUCCCUCUCUGGGUUUUGUUAAAUUAACUGAAAUCGUAAGUACCGGUAAUAAUUGUCUAAUUUCCACAAAUUGGAAGAAUUCUCCAACCCUUUAAAAAAAUUUUUUUUUAAAUAUAGAAAUAAUAUAUUGUGAAAACAUAGUAGUGAAUUCAACGAUGCCACUGAUUUUGAACAUUUCCCUACUUUUCGGUUUGCAAACUAGAACCUUCUUCCAGUUGUAUGUUGGAGCUAGAACACCCCUGUUUCUGACAGUUAAAUUCUGAAACUGCUUUUGGACCACAGAGGCAGUGUGGUCAAACACUAUUAUGUAUACUGGUAGACUUAACUGGGAACUCUGCGGAUUGCCCACAACAGAAAAAAAUGCCUCUAGUCUAGAGCAUGUCAACAGAUAAUUACAAUGAGUUGUGAUACAGUGUAUUUGAGCAAAUGUUAUCUCUAGGUGGUCAGCAUGGUGCCAGUAAAUCUGUCCCCAUCUUGCAGAGUCGUACCCCAUAUAUUGCUUUAUUUUAGGGCUUCCAUGUUCUGAUAAAGGACUGAAAAGGCCAUUAUUUUCUAGACCACAUGGAAUGGAAUUUACAGUAAAUGGGACGUAUUUUUAGAUCCUCACCAAAGAAUAUUUUUUUUUUCCCUAAUGUGGUCAAAGUACUGAAAAGCAGUCUUUGAUAGAAUAAGGUCACUCUUAAUUGAGAAGGUAUAUUCUCCAUAAGUCUAAAAACAAUCAGUUCACGUUCUGUCUCCUACAGAGAUUGAGCAAUCUAAACUGUCAAUAUUUAUUCCUGUAGAAUGCGUCCCCUGGACAUAGAGUUUCUCCGCGCACUCCAGGAUAGAGUGAAUAUUGUGCCAAUCCUGGCAAAAGCUGACAGCCUGACACCUACAGAGCUGCUGCAGAAGAAACAGAGGGUGAGUUCUAAGAGUCUUUUAAAGUUCUGUUCAAGGGUUCGGACACCAUUUGCCCCUUAGACUCUACACUUGCCAAUCAGGGAGGCCAUAUCCCUGGAACACAUACUGCACAUGUGGCAACUGAAAACAAGCUGUGGGCAUUACUGCAUAUAGGACAGAUGAUGUUUAUUGGGAUCUUUGUGAACCUUGGUAUUUAAUCUCAUUAUGUCAGAUAAAGGCAAUGAGGCUUCUUUGCAGGUCCUUAAAAAGAAAUGGUUUCACGUGAUUAUUAUUUAUUUAUAAAGAGCAUUUUCCACAAGACUGAACCAGGGCAUUACAAAUCCAAACAAGGUACCAAUGUCAUAAGCGAGAUACUACUAACCCACUAAAGACCUUGUAAAAUACAGUGGAACAAACCAAGGAAUAUUUACAACCGUGUAUAUUUACUUGCUGUCUUUUCAGCUUUAUGUAACAUGGGAAAAUGGUUUAAAAAUGAUGAUGAUAAUAUAAAAAAUCUAAAAGGUACAGUUGGGUGCAUUCAUUAGACUAAAGAAAAGAGUUACCUGUGCACUACCCCAAAUCCCUAUACAUAUUUAGACACAUUGAGGAUUUUUGUUUCACUCCAAUGGCCAUUAGGUGUAAGCCCACCUGCCACAUCAAGGCAAACCUCUUAGGGGAGUCCUACACUAACAAUUCACCUUGCUUCCUUCAGAAUCAUGCAAAAAAAAUCUCUUAUGAGACAGGGGUAUUUUUCCAAGCCCCUACAUAGAUGACUGACAGCAACAGUUAAUGCAAACUCCAAACAAAUAUAUUGCAAUAAAAUAAACAUGAGAACAAAUCUUUAACUGCUACUGUACUAGCAAUGAUCCUUUCAGCUAAAAAAACAAAAUUCCACCACCCUAUACAUUUAACUUCCAACAAAAAGUAUUGAAAUAUUAAAUAGAAAUAGUGCGUGGGUAGUACUGCUACAAGGGGUAUCAUUUACCCAGCACCAUGUGAUUAUCAGCCCACUCAAUGUUGUAUAGUUUAUGUUCAUGCAGCUUCCAUUCAUUUUUAUAGGACAUUGUAUGGGGGAAGCACUGAGUUCAUGUGCCAUGAUAUAUAAUUCAUUAUAUUCACAUUACUUGUAGAUUCGAGAAGAGUUGGAACACUUUGGGAUCCGGAUCUAUCAGUUUCCUGAGUGUGAUUCAGACCAGGAUGAGGACUUUAAAGUCCAGGACAUGGAACUGAAGGUGACCAGCUGUCAAGUAAACUAUAAACAGUAAUGUAGCAUGGGGUACAAGGAGCCUGACUACUUGUAGUUUUAAAAUAGAGAUGGAUUUAUUUUAAAUGUAAAUAGAAAAAAAUCUUUAAUGGUCCUGAAAGCCUGUAUUGUUUGAUACAUGCAACAAUGACACUAUUAGUGGUCAAUACCUAAGCCUCGAAAACAAAGUCCCCAGAUCCUAAUACCAGGGACUCUUCAACAACCUUUGUACUGAGCAAAAAAUCAUAGUAUUAAAACAUUGGGGUUGGGUAUAAGAUAAGAUAUAGAAUGUUGGAAGAAAUACAUUAGGCAUCCAUUUGGCCCACUCACUUCUAUCCCUGAAAAUGUUCCUGAUUUAUGGUAAGUGUUCUCCAGCUACCUAGUAAUCUCCUCUAACAUGAAAGAGUAUUGUUGAGAUAAAAAACUAGUCAAGACAUACCAAUCUCUAUGCUACCCAUGGUCUUAUUCCAUCCUUUAAUUUUCUUUCUUUCUUUCUUUUUAUAUCAACCAUACACGUUUAAUCAUGAGACGCACACAAUGAGCUUUAUUCAAUAAACACUAAAUUGUAUUGAAUUGAAAAUUGCUAAAUAUAGGCUAAGAUAACCAAGCUAUGGCUAUAGCUAAGUUGGAGUUUUUUCAGUAACAUUUUUCACGUUUGUAGUUCAGUUUCUAAUUUAUUCUAAUUCUAUGUUUAGUGAAUAAUCCUCAGUGCUUGUUAGAAGCCGGGAGGGAGACAGUAAACAUUAGGCCUAUCAUGAUAGAUUUCUGACUGUCUGUUGUUCUAUAGAGAAGCAUUCCGUUUGCUGUGAUCGGCUCCAAUACUGUUGUGGAGAUUAAUGGGCGUCGUGUGAGAGGCCGACUGUACCCUUGGGGAGUAGUAGAAGGUAAGGUCCUUUAAUCACUAUCCUGUGACAAACACAAAGUAACACUUUACUGCCAGAGUGAACUCUAUACUUUACCUGAUAUAGAGGGUUUACAACAGAGGAGAUGCAGGUAGAGGCAUUUGUUAAUUAAACCAAGAAUUUUGAAGAAUUACCAAAUAAACUCAGGUUUUAGUCAAAAUAGGUAGAUAGGAUUUUUUUUUAAAAUUAUUAUUAUUAUAUGCAUAUUGAAGCCAUUGCAUAUAAUACGGUAAGUAUAGCACAAAAAAUGUGUUAUGAUACAAAGCCAACAUUAAUUGUGCAGUGACAUUCUGAGAACACACAUUGUUGGUGAGUCCUGGGAGCUACUGUAUCUCUGAGAAACUGUCACCUAAAUGUUUUUCAAUACAGAAUAUAACUACUGACGUCUUCCUAACUGCCAUCAAAGGGUUUCUUUUUUUGGGUAGUACAUGUUGACACUUUUCUGCUUAAAUGGACAGUCUGGGCACCAUAUCAACUUCAUCUCAAUAAAUAAGUUACGAUGUCUGGAGGUCCUGGAUACCAUCGUACCUUAAGGGGUUAAACCAAUUACAAAUGAUUUACCCCAAAGUACUGUUAACGGUGCCCGUCUGCCUCCUCUUCCAACCCACCCUCUUUUUCUGGGAGCGAGUGAUAGACUUAGAGUCUUAUUUGGCUCUCUCAAUCUAUGACUGGUCCACCAUUAAGAACAUGUUUUAGGAAAAUAGAUACUGGCAUCUGUGUAAUCAUUUAUGGACUCCCAGUGUGUAUUUGCAGUAUUCCAUUAAUUCUUUUUGGGGGAUGGGGUGUAAGGCAAUAUUCUAUAAUAAUAAAUAAUCAUAAAUAAUUAUAUAUAUAUGACAUAGAUGAUCUCAGACAAUGAUAGGUCAACUGUAAUCUUGUGAGUAAUUACUACUAUAUCUAGUAAUGCAGAUUUCCUUUAUAGUGGUUAUUUUUAAAUAAUAGAAUAAUUAUUAUUAUGAUGAAAUGUGAUUUAAAAAAGCUGUAAAAUUACUGGUUUAAAAACGUUGCAGAUGGUCUGUUGCUACACAUUGUCCUGUAGUUCUUGGGUAUCGAGAUGAUCAAUUUGGUUUGAACUUACAUGCCUUUUCUGUUUCUAUGACACUGAUACGUUUAACAUUUUUUUUUUCAUUCACGCCCCAGUGCCCUCAUUCUUUUUGCUCAGUCCUGUUAGUGAUUUUUCAUCAUUUUAUUUAAUCUCUUCCUCAGUGGAGAACGAGAAGCACUGUGACUUUGUUAAGCUGCGCACCAUGCUGAUCCGCACUCACAUGCAGGACUUGAAAGAUGUUACACGUGAGACCCACUACGAGAACUACCGUGCCCAGUGCAUUCAGAGCCUGACCCAGCGGGUGGUGAGAGAACGAAACCGCAAGUAUGUGCAUUUAACUACUACCGUCGCAAAAAGGUUAAUUGGGGGUGACUGUUUAAACAAGCAGUGAAACUUCACACCACUUUUUUUUUCUCUGAAAAACAAUACAAACAGGAAUCCACCACACCUGUAUCCCCUACCCAACCCCUAUAUUAUAUAUUCUGAAUAUUGUUUUUAACCUCUGUACCCAAAAUUCUAUGGAUUUAGUAGGUGUUUCACCAGUUAUAAAAAUAUUAGAUACAAAACAAGAGAAGCUAAUCAGUGACAGGGAGAGCAGAUAAAGGUGAUAUUAAAAUAUAAAUUACUUUACUCGUCAGAGGGUCCCCUCGGGCAAAACGAGCCAGCUCGGGCAAAACGCGUGCGUCAGGGUCCUGCUAUGUGCUGUCUCUUUUGCUCUGAUGACAGCACACAGACUUGCUACCGAGCUUACUUUUUAAUUCACUUAUGCACUAUCUUUUCCUUUCAGGUGUUAUGUGGUACAGGUGUUUUUGGGAAUAGAAGUAGGUGCCCUUGAAGACACAGGAAAGUGACCGCAGUUAGAUUAGUUGAGUCAUCAAUUUAUGUACGUUCCCUCUUUGAUUUACUGAGGACUCAACUUUCCGGCUAUAUUAAUACCAAUAGACCGCCAAUUUAACAUGUGGCUUGGCACGGCACGUUAUGUAGUAGGGGGUAUUAUAUUAGGUACCCACGAAGGCACGGGAGAUCCUCUACAUUGAGUUACUUUGUUCCUGAUAAUGGUACCUGAAUAGACUUUUACAGAUCUCUUUAGUUCAUUGUGUUACUGUCGGGUUUCCUCCCUCCUCUCCCCUCCCCCCUUACGACUCUAUUCCCUGAUAUAUAUUUAUACUAUAUCCAGUUACUCCUUCAGGAUUACACUAACUCUGGUAAAUAUCUAUAUUUUUAUUUAUAUCUUGGCACAGACGUUUGCAUGGAUAUAUAUUUUUUCGAACUUUGGAGUAAUUCUAUACCAUUAUCCCCCAACAGGUAGUUCGAUAUAUAUCAUCCCUUUUUUGUGAUAGUUAUUGCUAUGUAAUGUGUUACCACACGAGUAGGUGACCAUUAGACUAUAAUAUUUAUUGAUUGAUCUUACACCUGUUUUUACACUAUUGUACACGAGCACCACUGUAUAUAAGCUUUUUUUUCACAUGGUUAGUUAGUUUUUUAAUAGAUUUAUUAUAAUAAAACUUUUUAUUUUCUUUAUUUGUUACUUUUGAGUCUGGAAGGCAGCUGGCACCCCCUGCAUAUGAUAUUGAAUCCCAGUCCCCUUUGGUACACUACUUUUUGUUACAUUUAUUUUCACUCUUAAAAUUUUUGUCAAAGUGCACCAAACACAAUAACGCAAAGUAAACACUGGCAAAAAAAAACCAAAUCGUAUAAAGUGUACCCCAAGAUGAAAAAUUAUAUUCUUAUGUAUUAACAAUAUUGUAAGCAGGCACAGUGCAACCACAAGAGGGCCCCAGUGAGUCUAGGGACCCACCAAUGCUCUAAUGGGCACCUACAGCCCCCUCCAGUAGUUUCUGUUCACCAGUGGUAUUUUGUCACAAUUAUCAUAUUGAGUUGUAUCUUAAAGACUAGCUUGUGGCCUCAUAUCACUAUCCUAUAUCUUCUAUUUAAACAUUUAAGAUUUUAUAAACUUGAUCUUGAGCUAACAACUAUCUACAGUCACUUGGUACGUUAGUGGUUAUGUAGGUAAAGUGAAGAGGUGUCUCUCACCUGCUGAGGUUCAUUUGAGUGUAUGUCACCUUGGGAUUGCAGAAAGGUGAAGGUCAAUCUCACCCAUCAAGGUAUUUAGCGUCAGCUGUGCUGUUAUAAUCCUGUUUGUUAAGGGUUGUCUAACAUGAGAUAACAUGAUAAUGAUUCAGUUUUUAGUGCAGCCAAGGUUAUUUCUUUUAAUUUUUUUUAUUUAUAAGUGUGAAUUGUUGAGAAUUUAAAUUUCACAAACUUUGCCAUGUUUUCAGUCUGACUGUUUUGCCUAAAAUGUGAUUUUCAUUUUGAACUCCAAACAAUUCUCAUGAAUAAUUUCAUCUUCAUCUCCAUCUUCCAAAGGUGCAAGAUGGAAUAUGAUCAUUCUGAUUGUUUUUGCAUGAUGCCGUAUGCGUGCUUUUGCAGACACCAUUUUUGUUUUGUACACCUUAUCACUUACUUGUCUCAGUAUCGCAAACAGUAUAGGGAGACAUUGUGGAAGGAAACCUGCAGCUCUAACACAGAAACAUAUGGGAGGAUUAGGAUUGGCUGAGAGACGUGGCUGCACGUGAAGCAGAUUGUGGAGAUUUCUUGCCAAAAGAAGUGGGUGUCGGGUUUAUUUGUUUUGUUUUUUUGUUUGUCAGUACAGUUCCAGGUGGAGUCUAGAGCCAGCACAGUAUGCCAUCUGAUCAGGCAGUCAGAGGUCCCCCUUGAGAAUCCACACUUUAUGGUGGGUACCUUCCUGCUUCACUUAAUGUCUGCUCCAUAUGGUUGAGGGCUGUACUGUGGAGGAUUCCCACAUUUGGCUCACGGCCUAGGAGAACCGUGGUGUUCCCAUAUGCCUGGUGAAUGUGCAUUGGGAAUGUUGCCGCCUUCUGGGACUCAUUGCUCGGUACUGGGAUCAGAGCAUCAGCCAGAACUGGUUUCUCUCUCUAAUCCAAAAAUUAGCACAAAGUGUGUCUAAUGUCUAAGAUAGUCUUGAGUAUUUUGAGGUUUUCUUUGCCUCUGCAAAUCAUCCACAAUGUCAGGGUUAUUCACUAAAGUGAGAAUUGUCAGGAAUUCAAAGUGAAUUUCACAUUUAAAACCAAAGUAGCUGAACUGGAAGCAUAGCUGAUUUGAAUUUUAAAUUAACUUUGAAUUCCCAGAAAUUCUCACUAUAGUGAAUGACCCUUUGUAGGUUGGACAUGGGAGUCUCACACAGACUGGAUGUAACUGCUGCUUAUCUCACACACAUGGCGGUUUCACUAUAUAAAGCUCCAGCACAGGGGUGCCCAAAAGGUAGUUUCCCAGAUGUUGUAGAACUACAACUCCCAUAAUGCUUUGCAUCCCUUCAGAAUGACAAAGCAUCAUGGCUGCUGUAGUUUUAAAACAUCUGGGUAUCUACCUUUUGGGCACCGCUGAUCUAGCACCUCAGCAGCAGAGACUGAGAUUACCUGCACAGGUCCAAUGGGGUUUCAAAGGAUACCGCUUCAGAGUAGUCUACACUGCCUCCUGGUGGGAGAUUAGCCACAUUCCCUACCAGGACAGCUGACCAAGCCUCAGAAUAUGGCAACCUGAACACUCAAUGUAUCGACAAGGUAAGUACGCACUAUAAAGCUUAUGUGAUACAAAUGCGUUCUCUGUCAAGUUAUCACCAACUGAGCUUAAGGUUUGAGACUAAAACACUGUAAAACUUCAAAUAUCAUGUCUUGAAUAGUUUAAGAGCUGACUAUCUAUGUCUGUUUGACAUGGGCCCCCGAAGUGUUCAGCAGAUUUUUCUUGAUUUGAGUAUUACUUUGGAGAUUCUGCAUCUUGUAACACAGACUCAAAAUAUAUUUAGUAUCCUAAAAUCUUAGGGCACUAGUGUGUUCCUCAUUUUACUAGUCCCCUCUGUGGUCCCUUGCUGCAUCUCUAAAUGAGCAUUCACUGAAUUUCCCCACUCCAGUUUGUUACAAGUUUGUGAUUCUAUCAUUUUAUUUGUUACCGCUACCAUGAAGUGGAUUAUGUAGUCCAAAAGAGCCAGAUUUGUAAAAAGUCUUCUAUGUUUCUUGUUCAGCUAUUUGUGGCCUUACAUUUUCUAUUCCCUAGUGAUUUGCUAAUAAUUCACAAUAUAGUGAAUAAACCAUUCAGAGUGAUGUACACCUGGGAGGAAUUGUAUGACUUGGUAAUACUUUAUAGGGUCCAUUUAUCUAUAUGUCCAUACAGACAUUGCUUAUCUAUCAUCAACUAACUCUAAAUAUAAUCAGCAGUAAAAAAAAAAGUAAUACAAGUGUUGAUUUAAAUCUGUCAGUAUUUUGCCUAUUUAGAGCACUCAUAAUGUGCUUUUUGGAGCUGGUGAGGGAGAUCAUGUUUAUUCUCCUUGCAUGGAGAACGGUUACGUCAAAAAGCCUAUUGUACCUUAAAAAACCUAUAAAUAAAGAAUAAAAAAAAAACAACACAAUAUGUAACAACUAUGUAUAAUAGAAGAGUAAUUCGGAACACUCACAAAUUUGAGAGUGAAAUAAUAGUGGGCUCUGCACUAUAAAGGCAUAUCAGCAAUUCCAGAUGUAGACAGGGUGCAGCGUUUCAAAUAUCAGGUCCACCAAAAGUAGUAGUAGUCCUCUCAGGAUAGUCAGGAACCAGUAUGACUUUAAAACGUUUCUAUUAACAUAAUAUAUAAAGCAAAAAAAAUGACACUGAGGGGUUUUAACCCACUAAGGGGUUUUCCUCAGGUGGAUACAAAUACAGUACUGACCAUAUGGUCCUUAAAUACCCUCUCAUAAACAACAUUACUAAUUACAGGUAUGUAAAUGUCCAAAUAUGGUCUGGUUGGUGGUCUUUCCCGCCCAAUCCAAUAUGGAGAUCAAUAUUUUGGCUCUCAAAUGUGUGAGUGUGAGAAGUUACUCUUAUAUUAUACAUAGCUGCUUGUUUUAUAUUAGGUUCCAUUUACCAUUUUGAGGUAUUUCUGACCAAUGUGUGCGCAGUCACCUUUAUUUUCCUUUAAAGACGUAUGUAUUAAGUGUUUGUUGUGACAUUACCCUUGGGUGAUAUUUAAGCUGCACCAUGUAAUCUUGGUACUGCCACCUAUCCUUAAAAUCUUUUUGUACUAGCUAUUCAUAUGUUUGAUAGCAGAGCUGCUCGAAGGUUAUAGAGGAUGUAAAACUCAAUGCUGUCCUAGCUCCUCCAGUGUCUAUGUGUGAGGCUGGACAGGAAGAGGAAGCGGUCACUUCCCAUCUGUCCUCUAACACCAUCUCACAUAGGAAAUGCCUUGCAGGAGGAGCAACUCUGAGUGAUGCACACUUAUAACAGCUCCUGCAGUUCAACUAUCAAUCAUAGGGGGUGAGUACUUUGUACCCUAAACACCCCUUUCUUCCCUAAUCCUCCCAAAACCAAAACUAACAUUUUCCUUAUUCCGAAUUUAAGCACUCAAAGCCUAAAACUGAAAAAAUCCUUUACCUUACUCCUAGGUUUAAUUCUUCUUAAAAAUGAAUCACAACUUGUACCCCAACACUAAAUUUAACUCCACUCUAACCCUAGAUUUAAUAAUUCUAAAAUGCCCUUAUGCCACAAAUAUAACCUCUCUCAAGCUUUUAAGUCACGUAACAGUAAAUACCCUAUGUAAUCUAACCCUGACAUUAACCCAUCUACACUCUUUUUUUUUUCUUUUUAUAUAUUUUUUUUUUUUAGGAAUAUAUCAAGUUUUUGACAAUGAAAAAAUACAGUGUGAUCAUACAAGUGUAUUGUCACAUUGUCAUAAUACGUAACUAAAGCCAUGUUGUCGAGCAGCAGCUUUGCACAAGCUGCAAUAACUGGAGUGAGUUGAUUCCAUUGGUCAUUUAGGCUCUUCCAGAACCAUGUGUAGAAGGCAUCAAAUGCCCUUACAAAAGCCUUCUUCCCACCACUGGCUUUUUUCCUUCUCUGGGAACUUAGCAGAAAAACGAACGUCGUGGAUGAUCCGCGUGCGAGCCAGCCAACUUGAUGAUUCCUAAGAGCAGGUAAAAUAGUUCUUGGUGGGGACCAUGACAAACCCCAACAGUCUGGGAGGGGAGUGCAGGAUCUAGUAGAAUGACAACAAAGCCAUUGCUAUCACAGUUGGAAAGAUAGGCUGUGUCUACCCUCAAGGGAAUUCACCAGAGACUGUAGACCGGAUCUCCUCGGCUACAGCGUUGAGAGUAGUCUCAGCUUGCAAUACAGAUUCCCAGUAAGAAACAGAGUAGCUGAUUAGUUGAUUUGUUGCAUGAAAUGGCAAUGGAAUGGCUUAUAUGUUAAGAUUGCAAAGGAGCACAUACUUGCUGCGACUAUUGAGCCUGUCAGUCAAUCCCUGCUCCACGUCUUAAAGGACAACCGUCACUAGAAUUUAUUUAUUUUUUAUUAGAAGAAUCCUUGCAGCAUGUAAUGAAAAGAUAUGGCAUUUUUAAAAAUAAAUUAUAUGUAAAAAUUCCUGAAAAUCUGACCCCUACUUCCACAGAACACUAGAUCCAUCUGCCAUAUUCAUAAACCUUUGGUCGAACUGAGGUAGAAUCCGACCGUUAAUCUUCUGCUUCAUGCAUCGAGCAGUGAAGUCAUCAACCAUUGCCCUCUGAUCUGCCAGGUCCGAAUUCCGACCGCAUUUGCAAUUCUCAUGUUUACUAAAGCAAAAUGGGGUCAGAAUUCCGUCUGUCCGACCGAUUCUGUUACAUUGGUUCGAAUUAGAUAUAACGGGGCAGGACAUAAUGCCCCCCAUGCUUUGUUCUCACAGGAGAGCUGUUCAUGAACUUUAGGUUUACUACAAAGUCAUAUAAUGCUUUUACAUUGAAAAAUAACUUAUCAUAACUAUAACAGAAAGGGAGUUUAAAAGACCUGGCUAAUGUGUGAGUUCCACAUCCUCACACCAUGCUUGGCAGUGAGGUGUUACAAAAGAAAAAACUCUGUAGGACUCUCUAAUAACCAGGGAAAACAUACAUACAUACAUGUACAUGGUCAUUCCUAUUCUUAAAAACCCCGUACCUGGGUUCAUCAGCAAGGCCCACAUAGGUAAAAACCUAUAAAUAGUCUGCUGACCCAUUAAUGCACAAAUCACCCAUUUGUUAAAAGUAAAUCUGGCACUAUUCCUUCCAAUCCUCCUCCCCAAAUAGAAAAUGUGCCCGGAUACCCAGUUUUCCAGACGUAUGUAUCCCAAUAAUAUUUACAAGUUUACAAAGGACACUACAACUUUAUAUAUAUUUUUUUUUAAUUCUUUAUUUUAUUGACGCAUGAGAUUAUGGUGGUACAGAAAAAAGAGAGGGAGACUUGCAAGAGUUAUACAGGUUAGGGUCAUCAUAACAGAUUUCAGAAAUCUCCUAGAAUUAUUAGCUUCGUUUUAUAUUAUAUUAACAAGUUUAAACCAUUGAGUUGAUGCUGAGCUACAUACAUAUGUAAUGCUGCAAGAUAUAAGUACAUGACAAUUGUUACUUAAGAUUUAGCAUGAAUGAACAUUAACGAAAAAGGGAAAAUAAACCUGUGGCAAUUUAAGAGAGACAGGAGGCAAAUAACAGGGGGCUCCUCGGGGUACACAUGUCAGCAGCAUCUACAUGGCUAUCACAAAAGAUCUUUUGGAAUCAAAAUAAGCAGACUAUCAUGGCAUAAGUGAUCGUGGCUGGCAAGGAGUGUUUAGUGGAGCAGUCCUGUGCCCUAGCGUUGAUCCUCUAUGUCAGCCGAUGCCAACACGAGCUGCAUGCUUGUGCUUCUCUACAGGUAGGUCACUGGGUUCCGUCAGUCCCAUUGCCCUGGAGACCCCAACUGUAAGGGCCCAUGGGCCACCGCUAACCAUCCGCUGGAUAUGCAGGUGAGCACACAACUGAAGCCCUCUGGACCUCGCCCACCCGGUGUAUGAUCCUGUUGCUUGAAGGUGGUGUAGUGGAUGAGUGCCUGCUAGUGCUCCCCCAGGGGAGGUCGGCAAAUGGGACCUCAGAGGCUCCGACCAGUCACGUGGUUCCACUGCUUGCUCGGGUGUUGCUGGCUGCUGCAGUGUACGCCAAAAGGGCUCUGGGCUCCUCAAUUUUGGUCUAAAUUCGGCACCUACAUGGUCUGUUGUUUCCAUAUAGUCGGUUACAGAUGUCUGAGGUGCUCACGGCCUCGUGGUCACUGCUGGGUUGCAUACGGUCGCCAUCUUGAGGGUUCUGUCAGCCAAUGCGAGGUCUGUAAAUCCCAGAGGGCCCGCAAGCUGGAGCGCCACAGGGUGAGAGUGAGGUUGCCGGGAUGACCCCCACCGGCAGGGGGGGGGGGGAAUUCCAGGGUCCGAGCCGACGCUUCAAAAGCUGGGCAAGUUACGUGUGAGGAGAUAGGCCGCCUCUCCGGCACCCGCUUCAUCCAGUAGGCCGCAACAUGGCACAUGUGCAAAAUUAUCAGCGGUGCUCCGGAGUGCCCCUAGAUUGGUUGCACCUCAGCUCCACAGGUUUACUCAGGGUUUCCAAGAUUUGUGGAGCUGCUGAGAGUCCAAAAUGUGCCUUAAAUGCAGGGCUUCCCACGGAGCUCAAGCCAAGUGCAGCCGCUCAGCAUGGCAGUCAGACCCCGCACCCCCGACACUGCAACUUUAACUUUGCAUUGUUAAACCCCCAGAAAAGCUAAAUGUGAUUGUCUGGAACAACCCAGUUAUCAGAACUUUUGUGUGUAGAAUAUUUAAUAUGGUAUUUUCAUGGUAUAUUAAAGCGGCACUGUCAUGCUGAACUUACCUUUCUUUAAUUGAUUCCUCUUCUCUCCCUCUGUCAGGAUCUGUUCUUCAUUUCUUCCUGUCUGCUCUAGUUUUCUUUAAAACAUAAGACAAAGUAGGGACUAUUUUGUCUUAUGGAGGUUUCCUAUGCCUAACCAUCUCUGACUAGCGGAGGAGCAAAAUGUUCUUCGUUUCCUGUAGUCAGAGAAAUUUUCCCAUACUGCUUACAUUUCCUCCGUGAUCUUGCGAUGCCUCCUGUCACUUAGACAGAACGCCGGCGAAACUACGGAAUUUCGUCCUAACAGAAUGAGAACAGUUUGUUCAUUCAUGUUAGGACGCAAUUCGGGACUUUGUUCAGAUCGGAAUUUCAUUUGAAUGAAUUAAAUUCCGAUCCGAUUCGUGCCGCAGCUGCAUCUUGCAGCCGCGUAGUAGAUAACUCUCUAAUUCCCACGGUAUUAGGGAGCUAUCUACCAAAAAGCUGAAAGACCUAAAUUGGUAUUUCAGCCAAAUUUACUAAUACUUAGUAUUAGUAAAUUCUUAGUAAAGGCUGCUCACUGUUGUAAAAGAAAAUGAAAAAAAAAAACUGGUGUCCUCCCUCCCAACCCCCACGUGUGCCACGCGAGUGGAGGUUAUUAAACUGAAGGGGGGACCUAGCGCCCCCCCAGCCCCCACCCAUGAGCGGUGGGUGAGGGCCCUAUAUUAAAAUGGGAGGGAACCUAUUGUCCUCUCGCCGGCCCCCACCCAUGAGCGGCGUGUGGGUGCCCUAAAGGAAAAUGUGGGGCCUAUUGUCCAUCCCCCCCCCACCCCCAUGGAUGAUAGGUGGGGGCUAUAUAUAACCUCUUCCAGGUGAUUAGGAGUCCCCAAGCCAAAAACCAGAUGAAAGAAAAACAACCCAACGCUAACAGCGAGGGCAAAGUGCAGACUGAGCUCCGCAGGGCGGGGAAAGGCUUCCCACGCCCUGCAAUUUGACUUAGAGCACUUUAAUUGGUUGAUUCCAAGCCAACCAAUCAGAGUGCUCUGACAGGUAAAUGAAGAGACUGACAGAUAAAUUUGACUUGCAAUUCAAUCAGAGUACUCUGUGUCAUUUUAAACAGCAUGGGAAAGUUCUUUGCAAUUUUCCCAUGCUGUGUUAUUUGACUCAGAACACUGUGAUUGGUUGCUUUCAAUUUGAAAAGGGGGGUCCCCCCCAUUUUCAUUUAGGACCCCCACACGCCGCUCAUGGGUGAUGGCCAGGGGAGAGGACAAUUGGUCCCCCCCAUUUUAAUUUAGGGCCCCCCACUCGCCGCUCAUGGGUGGGGGCCAAGGGGGAGGACAAUAGUUCCCCAACCACCAUUCAUGGAUGCUAGGUCCCCCCUUCAGUUUAAUAGCCCCCACUCACGCAGCACGGGUGGGGGCUCGGGAGGAGGGACACUAGGGGGCUUUUUUGAACAGUGAGCAGCCUCUGGUAGCUCCCUCCUUGUAAUAAAACAAACGAACAAACAAAGAGGUCUUUGUUCAUUAGUUUGAAAUUUCUAUUAAUUUAUUCGUCUUUCUGACGAAUGAAUAAAUAGAUGAAAUUCCCGUUCGCAUGUCCAAGUGUUUAACUGGGCCUGCGCGGGAAUUUCACAGCACUAUCUAGUGUUGGCAGAUGACGUGUCCCACAGGGACUUCAUCUACCCAUACAAAGAUGGCGGCGCCAAGGACCUAGGUCCGGGCAGAAAAUGAAGAUUAAAAAAUAGGUAAUAUAGGGGCUUAGGGGCAUUUGUGGGUGACAAUUAGAUGUAGUGGAGUCAGGAGAGGGUUUUAAAAAACUAUUUGGCCAUGACAGUGCUGCUUUCAGUUAGAAAAUCACUUUGUACUUGUGAUACUUUAUAACAAUGCUAGUCUUCACAUUUUUUAAAGUUGUGAAAGAAUGAUUUAUAAUCAUUUUGUUUCCCACAAACAGUCACUGGAUUAAUUCUACAAUUCUUAUCACAGGGAAACAUCACUCCAAUGUAUAUCCAAACAUUUUACCAUUACAACAGACAAAAUCCCUUAAAUAUAGAUUUUAAUUUUACUGGAGAACAUGUCAGCAGAAAGAUAAGACACAAGCAGUGGGCAUAGUAAGAGAUAUUAUAUACUAUAUUAAUCAAAUAACUAGAGUACUUAGAAUUUCAAGUCAAUUUUUCUUAGGUCACGUGAUCAGACAUGUGUUUGAUCAUGAGGGAAACUGCUGAAAUACAAUAGAACUUAUUGUGAACCUAAUGUAUUCCCAAACCUCUUUAAUGUCAGAUCAUAUUGUAUUUUUAUUUUGUUGGCCUUAAUGGACACCAUUCAGUCUGUCACCUUGGAGGAAGCUUACUAAUGGACAGAUGUAUUUAUAAUAGUAAUUAGUAGUAUUGAACACAAUGGGCCAUAUUCUUUGAGGGGGGAAAACACAGACCUAUUGAAGAGCAAAUCUUAACAACUAGUGAUGUCCCGAACGGUUCGCCACGAACGGUUCGCCACAGACUCAUCAUUGAGUAAACUUUGACCCUGUACCUCACAGUCAGCAGACACAUUCCAGCCAAUCAGCAGCAGACCCUCCCUCCAAGACCCUCCAACCUCCUGGACAGCUCACUAAGAAUGCAGCUUCACAAUGAAUGUAAAAUGGAUGCUGUCCAGGAGGUGGGAGGGUCUGGGAGGGAGGGUCUGCUGCUGAUUGGCUGCAAUGUGUCUGCUGACUGUAAGGUACAGGGUCAAAGUUUACUCAAUGAUGAGUCCGUGGCGAACCGUUCGUGGCGAACCUUUCGCGAACCGUUCGGCGAACCGUUCGGGACAUCACUAUUAACAACGCUUAACUUGGAACAGUCACCAUCAAAACAAACUUUUUCUGUCAGUUGGUGUUUCCUAGAAAAUACAUGCAUUUUGCCUUAAUAAUUUUGACACUUAAUAGCCCUCAUUGAAACCUGGCUCUCCUCCCCAGACACAGCAUCUGCUGCUGCUGCUCUUUCCUAUGUUGGCCUUCAGUUCAGACACAAUCCCCGAUCUGGAGAAAGAGGAGGAGGUGGGGUUGGUAUUCUUCAAUCCCUGUACUGUAACUUUAACACUACCCCUCCGUAACGUCACUCACUCUUCUCAUUCCUAAGACCUUUACCACCUGUUUCUUCCUGUUUGUUUGCUGCAAUGAUCUCUUCCCCCGUGUGCAAUCCACACGUUUUUCACCUUCCUCAGGCUGGUUCCUCGUUUUCCUGGUAUUAUAAAGGGUACCUUGUAAUGUCUUCAUGGAUCACAACACUUGAAUUGUUUUUUUCAUUAUGUACCUUCACUAAAUUAAUCUUUUUUAUUACAACUUCUUGUUUUGUUAGUACCCAACAACUUAGUCUUAAGAUCUUUAAAAACAACUUUUCUCACCCUUUCCAGUUUCCCUUAAAAAAGGUAGUUCUGGUCACUUUCUUCCCUUUGUCUUGCAUUCCUACCCAAAAGACAUGCAAAAUGAAUCAGGUAAAGGGCUCCUACAUUGCAAAACAUUGUUACAGGGGAUUAUAUUUAACACCACACUUUCCCCAGUAUUGUUUCUUUUACCUGUCUAUAUCUAAUCCAUUCAUCCUCUCACGUUUUCCCUCUGUCCUCUGUAAUUGGAUUUAAAGGAACACUAUAGGAUCAGCAACCCAAACGUGCAGUCCCAACGCUAUAGUUUUAAAAUCCCAUUUUAGAUUUCCAGGCUCCAUUUUGCCCCCCUGUAAAAAAAAUAAUAUAAAACUCACAUUUUUUUCCAGCUCCAUCCACGCUCCACCCCCUUGCCUGAGAUCAUCAAAACUGACAAACUCAGCCAAUCCAAUGCUUUCCCACGGGAAAGCUUCGGGAGACUAUUGCCGCACUGCACCAAUCAGCAUCUCCUCAUAGAGAUGCAUUGUAUCAAUGCAUCUCGAUGGGGAAAGUUCUGCAUUUCCUCGUUGUGCAGCACUGACUCUGGAAGCACCUUUAAUGGCUGUCUGAAUGACAGCUACUGGAGGUGUCGCUAGGCUGUAAUGUAAACACUGCCUUUUCUCUGAAAAAUAAAGUAUUAACAGCAAAAAGCCAGCAUGGACUGACUAUGCACACCAUAACAACUACAUUAAGUAAGCUGUAGUUGUUCCGGUGACUAUAGUGUCUCUUUAAAUCCCAACAUUCAAUACUACAAUACAUUUUAGCCUUUUCCAGCCCUACAACAGUUUCUACAGUAUGUCUAUCACUGGAUUCACUUCUUCUCUGCUUUGCUGAUCUUUGCGGUGUCUUUGCGUGACAUUUAUGGCUGGUGUUUUCUAUCAAUCCUUCUUCUCCAGGAGCUCAGUAUAUUUUCCAUUACAAUACGUUGGAACAUUGCAUAGAUGCCAUCACUGAAAGACAUAUUUCCAGAGAUGGCGUAGAGCACAUUUAUUAAAUGGUGAAAAGAUGUUGUGUAAAACCCCUAUAUUAUUGUACGAAGUUUCACAUAGACUGCAAGAAGAAACGAUUUAUCAUUUGCGUUUUCACUCUCAAAGCAUGAACAGUUUCUCCCCAUGUUGUUAUUUUCAUAAUGAAGCAGGAAAGGAGAAGGAACAAGGCUCGAGUGGGAAUGGACAAUAGGGAAAAUAAGCUUUGAGUAAUAGGGUUAUAGGCAAAGAUGACGGUGAUUGACAAAAUAUUAUUGCACUGGGGCACUUAUUCCUAUCCUGGAAUUCCUCUGUAGACCAUGUUUUAUCAAGGCAAAAAAAUGCAAUUUUGAGGCAACGUCCUGUAUUGUGUGAGGUUUUGUUAGAAAUUGUUAUCCACUUAUUUGACUUGGAUUAAUUUGAGAUACAGUCAUUAAUAACAUCAUCUCAAGAUCAAUACUCCGAGAACUUUGUUAAUUACAAACAUCAUGGGUCCAUCUUGGAGUUAUCUAAACAGUUUGAUCCCUUUUUAUAGUACAGUGGUUAUAGUAGGUGACAUGUUAUCGUUAACCUGUUGUAUACCCAAUCGGCAUUGAUAUGUAUGUAUGUUUCUUUCAGUUUGUUCAAAUCGGACAUUUUGACUACAAUGUUUAUUGUUAUAAAUUUCGCCAUUUUUGUUUUGUUGUGACAGUUUGGCUAACCAGCUGAUAUAAAUUGUAUCAGAAUGGUGAAAUUGUGAGCACUUCUAUAUGUUAACAGCUCAUCGCCAGUCAUUAACACAUUGAUAAUUCUCAAAUGAAAGAUUGUAAUAAUUCUAUGAUAUAAGAUAACACCAUUCCAAUAUAAGGCCUAAAAACUGAACAUAAAUGUUCGCCUUAUCUCAAGUUUUGUCAGCUGAAACUUUGACAAUAAGAGAUAAUAAUCCCUUUAUUGUCUUAUGAUAUAUUUUGAUAACAUUCAGGUUUUAAUGAAAUUCAACACUGUCAAUGUAGUAAAGUGAAUCACAGGAAGGGCACAUGAUGGGCACAUGACUAGCACUUAAUAUUAUGGAAUGCUUUUGAUAAUGGCUAGAUACCGUUUCACAGAAGGGGUAAAAUGUAUAUUUAGAACUAUAGAAGCAAAAUAGAGACUAAAAUUAGAGAUUGGAGUAGAUCGGGUAGGAAUAUAAGGGUUAUUUCUCUGCUGUACAGUGUGGGCUCAUUUCUAAGAUUUUAUUACAUUGUAAUUUAACAAGAAAUAAUAUAUAUAUAUAUAUAUAUAUAUAUAAUACCUUGUACAUCGAUUCUUUAUGCACUCUGAUGUGUACAGACAAUACUAAAGUGUAUUCAUUUCAUACAUUUACACUGUCUGGAUGCAUUUUACAGGGAAUGUGUGAGUUUAAAAUGUAUGUCCUAAGUGUUUUAUAUUAUUAGAUUAAUGUUUGAUUUUUUUAAAUGUAUUAUUGGCAUUUAUAAAGCGUCAACAUAUUACGCAGUGCUGUAAAAUUGGGAAAAAGACAAACACAAUACGAACAUACCAAUACAACAGGUAGAGGACCCUGCCCAUAGGGGAGAUGAGACUAGAGAUAGCAGAGGAAUUUGUUUGUGAUAACAGAGAUAAUUAAUAAUAUAACUGCAGCAGCUGGUAACGUGUGAAGUGAAUGAGGAGGUGAUUGACUAUGGUUCCAAACAGCUGGAGGUGCAUGCUGUAUAGUUAGAAGGUACCAGGGUAGGUGAAUGAGUAGAACCAAGUGAAAAUAAAUGGUCUUCUUGUUCCAGGGAUGGAUGUGGGUUUGGACCUUUAAAGCUGCAGUGUUUAAAUUAAACGGUCUUCUUGUUUAAAGCCGCAGUGUUUAAAUGGUAACGCUAAAAUCUUUGAUACAUUUUGCUAAUGUCUGUUAAAUCCUUUCACUGUGCCUUUUACUCAGAUGUGGUUACUAAACAUGUCUAUCAUCAAGAAAUAGUACUAACCCUGAAUAAAUGCUGGUUUCCAUGUAUUUCUCUAAUGCCAUAUGUAAUUAAAGGGACACUCAGCUGCCCAAAAUACAAAAUAAAUAAAAAUUACUGUUUAGUAGAUUCACUCCUAAUUAAGAAAUGCAUGUAUUUAAUAAUGCAUUUUCUCAUUGGGGAUAUAUCUAAAAACAGCCUGCUAAACCUGCAGAACUCUUGUCUGUUGCCUUUGCAAAUCUCCCACUUCUAAAACCGCCCAGACUUUCUGUGACUGUCCAAUUGCAGGCUUCCCAAUGCAGCUCCAUGAGAAGUCUUUGCCAGUUGAUGCCUCUUGAGGUGAGUUCCACUGAGCUAACCAAACCAGGAAGUAACAAUAUUGUUGGCUGAUUGACAGCCAGUGGGCUGUAACCAGGUUCAUUUAUACGUGUUAAUUUCUCUAGAAAUCUGCACUUUUUCCAAAAUGAAAAAGAGAGGACACACUUUAAUGAUUGAAUUCGAAAUAACCCAUUAACACAGGUCGAGAUUCUCUGCAAUAUAAUAAUUAGCCACGUGAUUACUGUCACUGUUAUUGGUUUAUUGUGUCGUUUCUUUUUGCUCAUUUUUGGUGCGUACAAGGCACAUGUGUUUGCACCAUUCCUACCUCCUAUGCAAUAAGGAAAGGGCGAGCAAUUCUUGGGGGUGCAAACUUGUGUCACUGACGAUGCUCAAAAUAGGAGUGUCUGCCUUGUGUGAAUGCAUUCCAGGCUUACUGACAGGCCCCAAUAAAUGCAGACCAUGCAGAGAAAGCUGUUAAAGAUUUUCUGCCUGGUCCUGGUGCCCUCAGUACAGUGUGAGUACAUCUAAUGAUGCAGGACGCCAGGUCACCAACCUAGGAUAGAAGGACGGGAGCAUGAAAUGAGGGCUGACCCAUCGAAAUCAGGAUAGUUGGCAGGCCUGAGCAUUGAAUAAGAGUGACCUUGUUAGCAUUUCAUUUAUUUUUUCUGUCUAUAUCAAAGAAUGAUAAGGUAAAUAAUGCUAGUGUUAAAAUUAAUAUCAUAGUGUUGGUUCGUGGAUGGGCCAACCAUACACGUAUCAUGAUUUGUUAUGCAAAAUAAACUCCCACUGUUAUUUUCUCUGCAUUUGAUUUACUGUUUGGCAGCUUGAAUGUCACAUAUAGCAUGUAAGAAAACAGGCUCUGAUAAUGGUUUAUUUUAAUAUGUCUUUAUAGUAAACUGACCAGGGAGAGUGGUACUGACUUUCCAAUCCCCAGUGUGCCUCCAUCACCAGACCAUGAUACCCAGAGACUAAUUCGAGAAAAGGAUGAGGAGGUAACUGCAACUGUUUUAUUUUUCUUAUGAAGUCAGGUGUUAUAUCAUCCAUUACAACUAUCCAGGACUUCUCCACCCUUAUGUUAACCUAAAUAUAAUGCAAAGAAUGUUACAUAGAUCAGAACUACACUCUAAUGGAAAAAUAGGACCAAUGAGGUCAUACGGUUAAGGAGGUGGAAGUAGACACCUCACACUUAGCUAUUUACAGAAAACAAGGUUCCUGCACAAAAUAUACAAAAAAACAGUAACAACUUGUCACUAACAAAAUCCGAGCUGUGUGAGAAAAGUAAAGUGCAUUAUGAGCAAUACAUUUCAACUUCCCUAUAUCUGGGCUUCAUUCACAUAUACAUAUAACAUUAUUUGGAUAAAAUAUAUCAGAACCAGCAGAAAAUCAUCAUGGCAAUGUCCUCUGUACGGCCUGGUGGAUCCACCUAAGUAAUUCUUUAAAUACGUAGCAAUACAGCUGGCUUACACUGAUUCCAUGGAGAGUUAGCGUAUCCAUAGUUUCUGAUCCACCUGUAUCAUCAGUGUGUAAAAAAAACAUCAAAAGUAAAAAAGAAAAAAAAUCAAAAACAAAAUACACUAAUUUUUAGUUAAUUGUGAAUUUCACUGACCCAGUAAUUUGUUCCAUUCAAAUGCUUUACAGUUCUGCAUGACCGUUUCCUAUUAUAUGUGCCUCUGUUUACACUCCUCUUGCUGGUUGUGCUGGCUGUGGUUUCAGUAUGCUUCUCCUGAUUUAUCUGUUAUCGAUUAAGCUCAUUAUUCAGACUGUAAGGAAAAAAUGAGUUUGACAAAGUUUGUCUAGGGAUCCAAAUGUACGCAGACAGACACUUCAAAAAUGGCUUCAGCAAGUAAAUGUCCUAUUUAUUGAAGUACUAUUCAAAAUAUAAUUUGACAGAGAAAGUAUUAAUUACAGCACGUACAAGAUGCAAAUGUAGACAAAAUUACUUGUGUAAGUGGGUAAAAACAAACCAAAAAGUCACAGUAUCUGUUUUCCUGUCCCCCUUGUGUACUGUUUACUAUAAAGACAAAAUGUGUUCAGAUAGUUGCUUGCUUGAACCAAUAAGUAAUAAGCUUCCCGGUUGACUUAAAACAUCAACAAUUUAUAUGAUAUCCUUAAGAAUUAUAUAAAAAAAUAACAUGAUUUUUUUUUUUUUAUUCUUUAUUUUUGUUUGUGCAUGAAUUAACAAUCUGGCUUGCUACGCCACAAUGGCUGUAGGAAGCCUUUCAAUAACAGAACAUAACAUGGCAUGAAAUAUACUGUGCUCAAUUUAUGUUUCAAGGCAUUUCAGGUGCGAGAUUUUGUCAAGACAUAGUAUAGGGUACAAGCGUUUCUAAUCGUCUAUGACAAUAGUAUGUGUUGAAGAUCAUGCUUAAAUUACAUUCUAAACCGAAUAACAUUUCUUAGGUUAGGUCCCUGGAUGUCUGAUUAAGAUGCACACUUUAAAGGAUAAAAUAAUAAUCAAGAGACACAGGCUGGUCAUUUGCGAUAGAUCUCUAAGAUAAGAAACAAAACUGCAGAAUCCUGGCUAGCAUGUUAGAUUAUUACAGGCUGGUUGCCAGUAAGGCUAGUUAGACAGGCCAAUCUAAAGCAGCGAUUAUGACAUUACUUGCUGAACAUAAACAUGCUAGAUCUUGCUAAGUGAAACAGUUGAGUGACUAACAGUUGUAAAAAUUUAGAUUUGUGAGAAAUAAAAAUGUUAAAAGCAGGAGUAUAUUUUAGGUUAAUAUAGGGCAGUAAGAUCAUGUGCUCGAUUGAGAGGGUGGAUGGUUUACACAGUGGCUGAAAGCUUUUCGAGGGAGAUACUUUUGUUAAACAGGUAUAUAACCAUUGUAGGAGCAUAUUGGUUGCUAGAGAGGCUCAUACUAUGUGGGGCAGUUGAUAUCAACAUGAAAGCGAAUGUAACAGCCCUGUGGGGGCACAUGCGACAAGCAAUAAAAUAUUAGAGCACACAAUGUGCAGGGAAAUGACACAAUCAAAAUACUGUUAGCUAUGCCCUCAGGUUCUGCUUCAGGGUAUCGAAGGGCAGGGCAGGUCCAGGAGCAGUUCUUAUCGAUCAGCCUCUAUCCAGUCUGGAGGCCAAAAGCUUGAUCCCAACUGCAGGGCCACAAGGAAACUUCAGCUGGAGGCUGUAUAUUGGGUCCGCCAACAAGAGCCGACGACGGUCGUUUCUCCUGACCCGGCUGGAAGUUUGCAGCUGGAUGCUACCCUUUAUUAGGGCGGAUCAGCGCUGCUUGUCAUUCUUUCGGGCUUGGCCGCCAUGCAGGGUGGAGGGAAGCCAGGGUGCCCACUGUUUUGAGCAUGGAGGGAGGUGCAGCUUAAGGUGAUCAUAGGAGCCGCAGUGAGCUGAUUGGGUUGAACUCACCUGCGGUUCAGUCAGCGAGAGUGGGUUCGCCAUCUUGAAUUUUGGUGCGCUGUCAGGCAGGUGGCCCCAAUAUAGUGAACCUCUCGGGUCUCCCCUCCUCUGCAUGCCGAUGCGACUCACGGGUCGGGGUUUUCCAUUCCCGCCUUUCCGUCACUUGCAGGUGAUGCAGGGGCCCCUUUGCUUGCCGUAGCAGUAACCCGUGGGCCGUCCUGGCCAUUUAUGCUCAGCUCCCUGCUCCAAUUGUCGACCAGCUCCCGGUCUCAGCUUGGUAGUGGUGGGUGCUCUCUGGCCUGACCGGGUGCGUGCUACCUUCUCGUGCGGUGUGGUCUGGUGCAAGUACGUAGCUUGCACUUGGGGUUUCGAGGUGGGUGAUCGAGCUGUCUGCUCACGCUGUUUCUUCCCCUCCAUCGCAGCCCAGAACCUAGUGAAGAUUAGAUCCAGUUUGGCCAGAGUAAAGUUGACAAGUGUCUCCCUGAGUCUCCAGUGGUGGUCUCCGCCGUCUAAGGUGCCACGUGAUGCCUCCCCACACUGAAACGGCGGGUGCGGGCUUAGCGGUGUGAGAGCUUCUGGGACUGGGAUGACCCCCACCGGUCUAUGGGGCGGGGGGAAGGGUGCAGAAGUCAGCUCUGUUUAAGGAGAUGCAGUGUCUGGUGAGCGGCCGUCUCUCCGACUUCUGUUGAGCUUGCAGGCCCAAAGAGUGGAAAGUAGGUAGUUUGGACCUGGAGAGUUCCGUGUCCAAACGAUUCACCCGGAACCCCACAAUACUGCAAGUCGUGUUCUGUGGUAAUUUCUGCAGGUUGACUGGUUUAAAUUGAUUAUUUGGCCCGCCUAACUCAGGAGCACAUGUAGGACACGUCUGCUCAGUUUGCCAGUCAAGCUCCACCCCCAUAACAUGAUUAUUAAACAGUAAGAGCAGCCAUCGUCUUUCUCAUUUUGCUAUGUGGGCUGAGCAAUACACUUUUCUCAGUCUUGGUGACCAAAAAUUAUACUUUAAGUCUGCAGUUAUAUCUACUCCAAACCAGUAUUUUGGGAAUACACAUUCACAGAGUGUUGCUGGCAAAGUGUAACACUAAGAUAAAAACUUUAAACCUGAAAUCCAAGUAAAAUACAUUCUAUAUUUAUUAAAGUCUUAAAUGUAUUAAAUGUCUGGAUGGAACAGUGCCAUAAAUAACUGCGAUAUCAAACAUAUCUCAAGCAAUUUGUACACCAUACAGCUAAUUACAAGUAAUUGGACACAAUAGGCAUAUGGUUGUUGGUAUAAGACAUCUGGUUUGUUUUCAACAUUUGCAGAACUGAAAAAAAUGAGCAUGUAUUUUUGGAGACAAAUAUAUAUAUAAAAACAUAUAUAAUAAGAGAAGGAAAGCUAGCACUGCUUAGCAACAAUGGAACUGACUCAGUUAUCAGCCACAAUAUUAACUCUUUCACUAAAGUGGAAUUGCAACGUGACUUCGUAGUGAAUCUCAAAUUUAUGGUCAAAGCAUUCGACUAUUUUGACCUUGAAUUUGAAACUCACCUUGAAUAACCCUGUUAGUAAACACUGAAGGAGUUAUUUGCUAAUCAUUGAUAUGUGUCUACAAGUAAAUUGUAAGAUUUCAGCCGAAAAGGAGUUGGAGUAUUUCUUUGAUUUUGGCGGAAACUUUAAAGCUGGUGGUCACGCCAGUUCACCACACUUUUGGGAAACAUGAUUAGAAGACCUACACGUAAAGCAACAUGGUACAGAGGAGUUAACAUCCCUUCUUGGUGCUUUGUACAGAUAACGCAUUCAAAACAUUAUACAAAAAAAAAAGCAAAAUAAUAAAAGAAGAAAAAUAUUCAUCCUCAGUUAUCCUAGAACCUUAGCACUUGUUCAGACUAAUGCGACAACCGUUCGUUGAACAAGAAGAUGAUGUGCUCACCAGCCUUCUUUAGUCAAUGGGGUCUAUCCAAGGGAGGAGGGAGAUUUCCAUGAUCAUUGUACAGAUCUUCAAUACAUUUGAAGUAGGAACAGAAAUUACAGCAUCACCGGAGACAUUCCAUUGUUGCUUUUCACUCUAAACGUGCUAUUUCCCAUAGUGUACCUAUUUGCAAGGACUCCAAACAUGCUAUUUCCCAACGUCUACACAUUGAGGAAGUGCGUUAUCAACACGAAACAUGUAAUUUUCAACAAGUCUUCAAUGAGGCAUGUUCUUAAACAUGUCAGUGGGCAGGGGAGGGGGGCAACUCAGUUGUGUUUACCCAGAAAAUCUGUAAACAUUGGUGGGUCUUAAGUCCUUGAUAUUCUUGACAAUUUCAUGGAAAUAGAACUGUAUACUUUCUUAAUGAAAAAAUUGCCUUGUGUGCUUGCUGAAAAAGAAAGUUGGAUGCUAGACAUUUUUUUUGACUAUAUGAUAACUGGAAAGUGUUUCUGGAUAAAUUGAAAUCAAACUUCAGCUGAUGACUCCUUGUCUAUUGUUCUGUGGUAUACAUUUGCUUUAUUGGAGCUCAGUUCUAGCUGUCAUUUUUGUAUAUAUCUGGCUUCAGAAGUGACCUUUGUGACCUAACUUGCAAAUUUUCUCUUUUCUCUAGUUAAGGCGAAUGCAGGAGGUGCUUCAGAAAAUGCAGAAACAGAUGAAGGAGUCCCAUUAAUUCUUUGCCGUAGCACUCAACAUCCUUUAACAGCGUUUCAUAAUACCUCAAGCUGAUCCUCAUUGUGUCCCGCAAUAAUCACCAAAAGGCCAAAGUUGUACAGAAUAUAUGGAUACAAAGUAGACAUGUCCCUAUAUCUACUUGGAAAAUUCAGCAAUGCAAGUUUCAAGAGAUGACAUGUAGGAAAUGAUAGAUUUUGGGUCAAGCUUGCAAUGAAAGCACAGAAACAAGUCUUUUGAAUGCCAUUAUUUUUGGAGUCGAGCAUUUUGGCAAUGAAUUGGUUAAAUAAUGGACCAUUUUGCAAAAUGUAUUAGAGAAUACAAGGGUGGUUGCAGCAGUCAAUAAAUACCCAUCAGUUAAUCCGCAUUCUUUAAGUGAUGUAUCUGAUGGACCCAAUCCUUCAACGUGUAAGUGGCGGAACAGGUAUAACUUCUUGAGACUAUUCUACAGAUGUGAAACAAGUUGUUACCAAAUGGGGUUAAAUGAAUCAUGUGAGACAUCUCGCCAACCAUGGCCUUAACCCCAUUUCUGCCUUUUUGGGAGAUAUAUGUCUUCCUGUAUGUGAACAUUUUUUGAUACAUAUAUUGUCAUGUACUCUUUACACACAAACACCAUUGACAGGAUUUACUAAACAGGUGGUGGAACCUAUAGGUUCAAGUGUUCCGUUCACUUAACCAUCAAUUGUAGCAGCUUUAUUGCACUGUAGCUCAGCUAGGCAGAUAUAGCCAAGCAAAGUCAUACUUUUCUAUGUUUCUCAUCACCCACAUGAGAUUAUUCAAGUAGCUUCCUGGUUGACUUCAGUGGUGGAAAGUUGAACUUGGUAAUAAGCCUAGUUCAUACAGUGUUCAGGCUGAACUUUGCAACGCUCCAUAAAAUGAUUUAAAAACCAGCUGGAUCCCAUUUGUCAUGGUAUUAUUCUGAUUUAAUUUGUGACAUUACUGUAGUAAAUACUUGUGGCACCAGUUAACAUUUUAUUGAAUAGACAUCCAAAGUAAACCAUGUAGCGCAGUAUGUUGGUACUACUCCUGAUUUACUAAACCUAAAAAACUCAUGCUUGUAUUUGACAAAACCAGAUAACCUUAGAGGAUUACUAAUCAGGAACAAAAACAUUUCCUAGGAAGGGAGAGACUUUUUUUUACUUCUAAUUAUACAUUUAAAAAAAUACUCUACUAGCAGCUUAGGACCUUUAAUUGAAUUUAUUUUAACAAAUUGACCACCCUGGAGAGACACAAAUCCAGCAUUGCUUAAACUUGGUGUGCCACCUAUAAAAACCCGAAGCAAAUCAGUGUUGUUUGUUUUAUUUCCAAUUUUUACGGUCUACACUUUAAUAUUCUUGUGUUGCUAUAGUAACAGCUCUUAUAGCAUUAAUUUACUAUAAACAUUCUGUAGCUUGUGACAUGGCAAAAGGUUAAGGCACCAGUAGCCUGAAUCAACAAUAAUAUAGUUAAAUGCUUCACAGAUUAAAGUUGCUGGUCUUGGAUAAUGAAUCUUAAGUUAUAUCCCCUAUCCCUAGCAACACACAAUGUUACCUGGGGAAUUUGGAGUCUGCAGUCUGUGGCCUUCCACAAUAAGGACACUAAUAGCAUUAUGUCUUUGUUGUGUUGAACACAGUAUACAGAGCUGACAUAGUGGGAGCAGGCAAAAAACAGACUUCCCGGAAGGGAUUGCAGAGAAUCAGAAUUCCAGGGUGACUUGAAGACUAGUUACCGCAGCACAAUAUAUGUCUCCCAUUGUUAUACCUCUGUGAAUAGAUGAAACUAUCUGUUAUUUACUAAAGUAGGAGUUCAAGGUGAAUUUAAAAUGUAAGGCCAGAGUAUCUGAAAUGAAAGCUAGAACAUUUUUACAGUUUAACUACUUGGACCCCUGGUGUAUUAGCUAUCAAAUCUAAAACAUUGCCAUUUAGUGGUUACAACAAUGUUCUGAUUGCAGGGCUAAGCACACCUCUAGUGGCUGACUUCCUACAUAGCAGAGAUUUGGGCAGUGAGACGACAGGGGGAUGAUCUAUACACCAAAAAUGCUUCAUUAAGAUAAAGUUGUUUUGGUGCUUAGAGUGCCCCUUUAAAGAAGAACGUUACUGAAUUUUAUAUUUUUUGGAAAAUAUCAAAACCAAUGGAAAAUGAACUUAUCUCCCCUGUAAUUUGUAAUAUAACUAUUUGGAAUAUGUUUAAAAAUGUUAAAUCUUCAUACAAAUAUGUCUGCGUCUUUCCUAUUCCUAUAUUUAGUUAAUUAUUGUGAAAAGCUUAUAAACUUGAGGUGAUGAUUUCCAUGUUAAUUUCAAGGAUACAUUUUAUACUAAAGUACAUUCAGCUGAUUUGAAUACGUUAAGUACACAUCGCUUGUUUCUAAAGUUUGCUCAGAGAGUUAGCCCAAUAUUAGGAGGGACUUGUGGGAAGUCUUAGUUAAUUUGCAUAAAGUGCCCUGAAUGUAUCUGUUCAGAAUUGAGUUGUGAUGUCAGAGUAACAUUUUCUUAAUCAAUACAUAAAAAAUAUAAAAAUAAUAUAUUCUGCAUUAUUUGACUAAUACAGACAGUAUUUAAACUCCAAUUGAAAACCUAUAAUUUGGUUAAAAACAUAUAUGGGGGCUGUCACUGCCUAAGAGCAGUGGUUUCCAAACCAGUCCUCAAGGCACGCCUACCAGUCCAAGAUUUAGGGAUUACCCAGUUGUGUCAAGGUGUUUAUUUUUUUAUUUUUUUCAAAAAACACAACUGGGUAAUCCCUAAAUCCUGGACUGGUAGACGUGCCUUGAGGACUGGUUUGGAAGCCACUGCCUGACAGUGAUAGUUGAUAGUUUUAGUAUUAACAUUGAGGCAGUAGGACACAGUUAGUGGGGAAAAAAAUGUUGACGUUAUUAUUAUUAUAUUUUUGUCAAGCGCUAACAAAUUCCGCAGCUCUGUACAAUGGGACAUCCCUUCACUUUUUCUGUCCUUUUGGGGUUUUCGUGAUAACCUAGUUAUAAUAUCUUAUUAUGAUUUACUUCUCUUACAAAAAAUGUCACCGACUGCUCUUAUUUGGUUUUAUUUAGAGUAUUGCUGUUUUCUCACACUGGCCAUACCUCCUUAACCCCUUAAGGACCAAACCUCUGGAAUAAAAGGGAAUCAUGACAUGUCACACAUGUCAUGUGUCCUUAAGGGGUUAAAGAAUUUGUAAAAUAAAGUUAGAAAAAAAACAAACAAUAUGGAUUAUUUUGCUUCAGAGAGAUCUAAAAUAUCUGGUUUGCUAAUGUGACGAGUCUAUCAUAAUCUCUAAGAACUAGGAGAUAGCCAUCGUAUUGAUAUUAAGAAAGUAAAGGUGUAAAGCACAAUAUCAGACAUUUAUGAUGGUUAUAGUUGAAAUCGAUAAAGUGGUAUGCUGUAGUGCUUAUAUUAUUCGGAGUCGCCAGGAAUUUCUCCACUGUUAAAAGCCAAACUAAUUUAAAUGGUUUAAAACUUACCUGGAUCCCAGAGGCAUGUCAGUAAAACCCGUUACCUUUUGGCUUUAGUAAUAUCAGUUUUUAGAGUUCAUAGCUGAGGAUUGUCCUCUGACUCUUUAAGUCAGUUAAUUUUGUCCAAAGACAGCAUGACAGCCAUUAGAGGCGUCACAUGAUGAAGAAGACCCAUAGGAAAGUUAUUAUACUUGGAACUCUAUGUCAAUCAUACAAAAACAACCUUUGCACCUGUCAGUCUGCAUAGAAAGUCGAGGGAAGACAGAACCAACAUUUCUGGUUUUCCUUCUUAAGUUCAAGACAUGCCCUGGCUGUGCCUUGUCUGAAAUGGAUUGUGCUGUCAUGCAAUUUAUUUAUAUAGUCCAGAUCACCACCAAAUAAAUUAAAUGUCAUGUAUCACAAAGUUACAUGAUGUAUUCAAUUUUUGAGAAAUGCCCGUUUUAGCUCCACUCCAGUAACACCCACCUCCAAACCAUUCCUUAUUUUUGCUUCCUCUCUUCUUAUAUUUGCCCUACUUGGGGAUUCUUUCCUAAAUACAGUAAACCUCCUGUAGGAGUGUCACUCCUUUUCUCUACUCCCCAGCCUGCUCUAGCAGCAUCCGCUAGGGAAGGUACUGUAGAAAACACCGCGCAUGCACCAUGCGUGAUAUAUAUGGAAUGCAGAAGGACCACCUGUAGGAGGUCUUUUCUGCUCUGCCUUGUCAGUCAAAUCAUCGCCAUAGAGUCUGAAGUAAGAGAUGGACUUAUCUUUAAAUAGUUUUUUCUCCCAAUCUAUGCAUUUGCUAGAAUUUUAUGCUCUUCCAAAAGAGCAUCAGUUAACAUACCCAUUACAGGUACACUUUUAAAGAAAAUGGAAUAUAACAUGAAAAAUCUAGAAUGUUGUUUUAUUCAGUGAUUGCAUUUCCAGAGAAGUGAUAGCUCUCCAAUUAUUUGGUUUAUCUCCAGAAUUGCUACUAAAAUACCUUUUUCCUUUGUGUGUACUAUUCCUAGAAUUGUAUGCUGGGAAAUUAUCUCCCAUGCCCAAUCCCACCCCAAAACUGACUUUCAAAUUAGUUUUCACAUUCUUUAGUGAGCUCAACUAGUAUUGGGUCUAGGAACAAUUCUAUAUUUUCAUUUUAUUUAUGUAUUAAUGUAUCUAUUGUCAUUGUAAUUGUGUUUGUAAAAAUUGUAAAGCUUUGUAUUUCCGGCUUGUGUUGUAAAUGUUAAAAGUAAAGAAUAAUAAAUACGAUAUGCCUUGGAUGUGCCUAUGAGUUUGGACCAUGAACUUAAGCAGGCCUCGGUAUUUCAAGUCCUAUAUUACUAGACCG